AUGGCCCUGCCCGCAAGAGCACUCAGCACCAAUCUUAAUAAGAGGUUAGACAUUCUUUUAAUUAGAUCUCAGCACUGUGGUUGAGUGGCAGGAAGGUGUGUUCACUGAUGAUACAGGAAAUAGGAAAUGAGACCAAAAAAAUAACCCAUUGCAGGCAUGCAUGCCAUUCUUCUUAAUUGUUUUUGUGAUCCAUCUUUCACGAGGAGCAGAAGGCUUUUGAGCCUCACAACAAUGCUAUGAAGAAGGAUGGACUAAGGCAGACCAGGUGAGCUUCAUAGCUGACCAGUGAUUGGAACCUGGGUUUCCCACAUUCUGGUCUAGGAGCCUAGUCGCUGCAUCACAUUUGCUUUCACUAGUAAAUGCCACAGAGAGAAAGAGAGCUGCUUAAGGCUGUAUACACACACUAGGUAAAGGUAAAGGGACACCUGACUGUUAGGCCCAGCUGCGGACGACUCUGGGGUUGUGGUGCUCAUCUUGCUUUACUGCCUGAGGGAGCCGGUGUACAGCUUCCGGGUCAUGUGGCCAGCAUGGCAGGGGGUUGGACUCGAUGGCCCUUGUGGUCUCUUCCAACUCUAUGAUUCUAUGAUUCUAUGACUAAGCCGCUUCUGGCGAACCAGAGCAGCGCAUGGAAACGCCAUUUACCUUCCCGCCAGAGCAGUACCUAUUUAUCUACUUGCACUUUGACGUGCUUUUAAACUGCUAGGUUGGCAGGAGCUGGGACAGAACAACGGGAGCUCACCCCGUCGUGGGGAUUCAAACCACCGACCUUCUGAUCAGCAAGCCGUAGGCUCUGUGGUUUAGAUUACAGCGCCACCCACGUCCCUUGUGUACACACACACUACUGUACCUUUAAGAAUAAUAAUUUUAUUAUUUAUACCCCACCCACCUGUCUGGGUUUCCCCAACCACUCUGGACACCUUCCAGCAAGAUUCUCUCAAAUAAUUCUGGGCUUGUAGUCUCUACUUUACUGACCCUUGAUACGAGAUGUAUUUGUUAUUUAUUUGUUUGGUGCAUUUAUAGCUUGCCCUUCGCCAAAUUGUCCAAGGAUGGGGUUUUACCAUAAUCAAAAGGUAAAAUGCGGAACAUAAAAACACUAAUAUAAAUCUGCAUGGCAGCAAGGAGGGACGAAAACAGUCAAAGGAGUCAUUUCACUUAAAUCAGGGAUGGGAAGCCUGUGGCAAAAGUUGAUGGACUUCAAUACCCAGAAGUCUCAGCCAACAACAUGGCCAGUGCUCAGCGAUGGGAGUCAAACUUCUGUAGCUUUUGGAGGGCCGCGGUUUCCUCAACCCUGAUUUAAAUGAAAUGACUCGUCCCUUGCUAAGCAUGUUCAUUUGGAAAUGGUGCCAUCAAUAUCAAUGGGACUCCUUUCUUCCCAGGUCAGUGUAAUUAGGUGUAAUUUAUCAUUUAUGUGUGGGCAAGUGUUUGUGUACUUGCCUGGUUUCCUCAUUGAAACUUGAUCCAGUGACAUACGUUGUCCUCUUCCACCAAGAAGUGUGCUGUGUUUGCCCUCUGCUGGCAAAACUACAAGGUUGCACAGGAAAGAUCCUGCCUCACUUCUGCGUUUCUGUUUCUAAAUCUUUCCAGAAAUUGAUUAGGAAGGCUUCCCGUUGUCACAAACAAGAAAUGUUCGCAAUUUAUUUUCCCGUGUGACCAACAUUGCUCACUUUUAUUAACUGUUAACGAUAUGGUAAAAAUAAAACCUCUGUUCUAUAGCAACAAACUAUCCCAUUUUUUGUUUUGUCUAAGCAGGCAUUUUGUGCACGUGUGAAGUGCUGCAGAUAAUCUUGCAAGGAGGAGUUACCAGCUGCAUACUUCCUAGGAUUUCAAAGCGAAAUGUGAGGUUGGUGUAUUCAUUUAUUCCUUCUCCGAUUCAAAAGCCAUAGGGUGUUUGUUUGGGGAAGGGCACAACAUCUAUAGAUAGCCGACACCUAUGAACCUGCCCAUGUUUUAAGAUCAGUUUGCGAGACCCUCCUUGGGUGCCUGCCAUUAAGAUCCAUUAGGGUGGUGGGCACUAUAGGCAGGGCCUUCUCAGUGCUGGCUCCCACCCAACAUAUACAGCUAGUUCCUUCAUUUCAGGUUUUAUACAAAGUUCUGAAAACUAAUCUGUUUUUGUCCUUGGCUGUUUAAAAUUAUUUAUCUAUUUAUUUUUGAAAUAAAGAGAGUACAAAAGUACAAAAUCAGCUGUCAUACAUUAAUGUUAUAUCCAUAUCAAUGGUUACAAUUCAGUUUUGCUCCAUCUUCGAACUGAUGGGAAAUGAAGAAAAGAAUGCACCUGCCUCCCACAAGAAAAACAGCAGACAUUUAUAUCCAUGUGAUCCAGGAAACAAAAAGUUCAACAUCCAAUUUGGGUUAAGUAAAAACUCUAAAUAAACAAUGACUCUUUCCUUUUCCCCCUGCCCCCAAAACCAAUGCAUGUAUCCAAGAAAUACGACUCAGGAAUGCAAAUGGAAGUUUCAUGGUGUGCAAUUUUGUGUGGUAUGUGAGCAGUGCCAGAUUUACGUACAGUGGUACCUCGGGUUACAUAUGCUUCAGGUUACAUACGCUUCAGGUUACAGACUCUGCUAACCCAGAAAUAUUACCUCGGGUUAAGAACUUUGCUUCAGGAUGAGAACAGAAAUCGUGCUCCGGCAGCACAGCGGCAGCAGGAAGCCCCAUUAGCUAGAGUGGUGCUUCAGGUUAAGAACAGUUUCAGGAUAAGAACAGACCUCCAGAACAAAUUAAGUUCUUAAGUCAAGGUACCACUGUAUAAGCUAAACAAGCUAUAGUUUAGGGCUCCACUCUCUUUGGGCCCCCCAAAAAAUUAAAGGAAAAAAACCCUGGAUGUACAUUUCCAAAAUCUAAGAUAAAAAACAACCAAAAUAAAACCUACAUACAGCAGCAGUGUUAUGUGUUGUGUAGGCUCCUAUGAUGUAAGCAAUGGGCCCCGCCUGCUAGCCUGCUCCCUAAAAUAUCACAUAUAAAGGGCCCCAUUACCCUCAGUAGCUUAGGGCCUCAUCAAACUUAAAUCCAGCCCUGUAUGUGAGAGAUAACAAAGAAAAGAAAAAUGGGUUACAAAUAAGAAAAAGUCAAUCCCUCAGAAUUCUAGCAUAAAAUUCUGCUUAAAAACCUCCAAGGAGAUUCCACCACCUUCUUCGGAAAUCCAUUCCACUGUCAAACAGCUCUGUCUCACUGUCAUAACAUCUAUGCUAUGUUUUUGUUAUGGAUUGGGCUCUGCCUACUGGUUCUCUUUCUGACUCCAGAUUUUUGUGGGACGGCACUGCUCCUUUUCUUGCAGCCUCUUGCACUGCAGGAGUUUGGACUAGAUGACCCUUGUGGUCCCUUCCAUUUCUACAAUUCUAAGAUUAACAACACAGUUCUAAUCAUGUCUACUCAGAAGUGAGUCCUAUUAGCUUAAGCUUUACCUUUACUCAGAGGUCGUUGUGCUAGGUUUGCAGCCUUGUUGUUGUUGUUGUUUAGUCGUUUAGUUGUGUCCGACUCUUCAUGACCCCAUGGACCAGAGCACACCAGACACUCCUGUCUUCCACUGCCUCCCACAGUUUGGUCAAACUUAUGUUAGUAGCUUCGAGAACACUAUCCAACCAUCCCAUCCUCUGUCAUCCCCUUCUCCUUGUGCCCUCCAUCUUUCCCAACAUCAGGGUCUUUUCCAGGGAGUCUUCUCUUCUCAUGAGGUGGCCAAAGUAUUGGAGCCUCAGCUUCAGGAUCUGCCCUUCCAGUGAGCACUCAGGGCUGAUUUCCUUCAGAAUGGAGAGGUUGGAUCUUCUUGCAGUCCAUGGGACUCCCAAGAGUCUCCUCCGGCACCAUAUUUCAAAAGCAUCAAUUCUUCGGCCAUCAGCCUUCUUGAUGGUCCAGCUCUCACUUCCAUACAUCACUACUGGGAAAACCAUGGCUUUAACUAUACGGACCUUUGUUGGCAAGGUGAUGUCUCUGUUUUUUAAGAUGCUGUCUAGGUUUGUCAUUGCUUUUUUCCCAAAAGCAGGCGUCUUUUAAUUUUGUGGCUGCUGUCACCAUCUGCAGUGAUCAUGGAGCCCAGGAAAGUAAAAUCUCUCACUGCCUCCAUUUCUUCCCCUUCUAUUUGCCAGGAGGUGAUGGGACCAGUGGCCAUGAUCUUCGUUUUUUUGAUGUUGAGCUUCAGACCAUAUUUUGCGCUCUCCUAGGCAUCAGCUAUGUUUAAACCACUAGGUGUCAGUAUCAACAUUUUAGAUGCCUUGACAACCAGGCAACUGGGAUUUCCCAGGCUCGGAAAGUAUGCAGAGCUUUCCUUCCCCCUCUGCAAAGAUUCACUGAGCUUAGUCAAACAGAGAUCUCAUGCUGUACUAUAAGAAUGAGUUCCCUGGGGAACGAGCUUGAAGCUUACGGCAAAACUUUCCUCCAAGGUAUGCAUAGCAAAAUGCCCCAAACUACCAAGCAAAGGUUCCAAUGGAAGAGCUUGUCUGGGGACUAUAAAUUGUGCAGGUUGGUUUGAGAGAUUUGCCCGAAUUAAAUAACAGGAACAGAGACACAAUUUAUGUGACUCUACUACAUUCCGUUUCCUAGCUUUGUUUUCGUGAAAGGCAUCCUUUGUUGUAUUUGCAUCCAGAAUUGAAGUUCUUUUUUAUUCAUGCCUAGUAAUCAGGCCAUCAAUAAACAAAAGGUUUAAGAGAACUGCAUAGCCAUAUCAAAUUGGCAAAAGUUAAAAUAAGCAUAAACAGCACACAAGCAACAAAAGUUAAAACAGAUAAACUGAACAAAUGUUUAUCUACAAUUAGAUAAAAGCAAAAUUAGCCUUAGUGGUGUCCUUUAAGAAUUUGGCAAGGAGGAAAAGGAUGGGGGGCAUAACUAGAAUGAGUUUGGCUUUGGCGCCACCUACUGGUGACCUCCAUUCUUUUUGCCCUACCAGUCCCAAUGGACACCAAUCCCCACUGCAUCCAAUGAGCAACAGAUAUUCAUUAAACCUAUUCCCUGCUUUCCAGCCAAGAAUGGCUCCCGAAGCAGCUUACAGUUAAAAUCCAAACGUACAAUAUAACUUGGAAUGUAUUGGUGUGGGUGUGGGUAUGAACCUAUCAGUCCUGAUGGACACCAGCUGCCACCACAACACCCGGUUGGCUAUGCCACUGGAUUUGCUUUCUUCUGUGUUGUUAGAAGACUAUCUCUUUUUCCAGCCAGGUCAUUACUGCUUUAUAGUACAUUUACUGAGCAUUUCCUACAUUAGGAAUUUAGAGAAGCAUAUAGAAAUUUAAUAAAUUCAGCCCAGACACUGAGGUCCAGCACCAAAGGCCUUCUGGUGGUUCCCUCACUGCAAGAAGUGAAGCUACUGGAAGCCAGGCAGAGGGCCUUUUUGGUGGUGGCACCUGCCCUUUGGAACGCACUCCCAUCAGAUGUCAAGGAGAUAGGUAACUAUAUAACUUUUAGAAGACAUCUGAAGGCGGCCCUGUAUAGGGAAGCUUUUUAAUGUUUAAUGUUUUAUUAUGUUUUUAUAUAUGUUGUAAGCUGCUCAGAGUGGCUGGGGCAACCCAGUCAGAUGGAUGGGGUAGAAAAUAAUAAGAAUAAGAAUAAUUCUGCUGAGGCAGUGGGGGGAGAGGAAUGGAACCAGGGGGUCUCAAGAUAAACCGUGGAAAAGUCGGCCAAGCCUGCUUUUGGCUUGCAGAUCUUUGUACUAAACAUCUGCAGUGCUAAGAAGUCCUUUUCAGAAAGAAGACACAGAACAGUCCCACCCACAGACCUGCUGCUGAGAGAGAGAAAGGCAAUAAUCAAAAUGAUUCAGAAAAAGACUCAGGAAAGGACAUGAGUAUGAGUCAUAGAUAGACUCAGGAUGACUGUGUUAGCUGAGCUGUUCUCCUAAACCUUCAAAAUCCUGUGAUGAUUUCAGCGCUGAGUAAAAGAAAAUGCUGGUAGUCAAAUUUCUGUUGGUGUGAAAUUUCUACAUUCUGAAUUGUAUGGUCCUAUGGGAAAGCUACACAUCCCCUUGGUAAAGGCAAGUUUUUAUUUUAAAAAAAAAAAGAAUAAAAUUUAAUUUGUUUUGCUUUAGGCCAAAUGACAUAUUGCGUUAACUACAUAUCUGUUGCUGUAUCCAAUGUGGCACUAAGCAACCUUCCUGUCACUGCAAGGAUUUAAACUUGCACAAUAGGACUCCUCCUGCUGCCCCCUCACAUUCCACACCCUCUCCAAAUCUGCUCUGGAGGGUUUAUAAUAAUAAUAAUAAUUAAUAAUUUUAUUAUUUAUAGCCUGCCCAUCUGGCUGGGUUUCCCCAGUCACUCUGGGCGGCUUACAGCAUAUAAACAUAAUAAAAACAUCAAGCAUUAGAAAUCUCCCGAUACAGGGCUUGGGAGGAAACCGCCAGAACAGAUUUUAGGAGCGCAUGAGAGGACAGGACGAGAAAGGGCAUUGAUGGAAUGGCUCCACAGUGUUACAGUGACUACAAGUCUGUGAUUUUAAGUGCCGGCAGGGACUUGCCUUGGGAUGCGGGUGGCGCUGUGGUCUAAACCACUGAGCCUCUUGGGCUUGCCAAUCAAAGGUCACGGUUUGAAUCCCCCCCCACGAGGUGAGCUCCUGUUGCUCGGUCCCUGCUCCUGCCAGCCUAGCAGUUCGAAAGCACACCAAAAAGUGGAAGUAGAUAAAUAGGUAAUACUCCGGCGGGAAGGUAAACAGCAUUUCUGUGUGCUGCUCUGGUUUCGGUGUUCCGUUGCGCCAGAAGCAGCUAGUCAUGCGGGCCACAUGCCCUGGAAAAACUGUCUGUGGACAAACGCCGGCUCCCUCGGCCUGUAAAGCGAGAUGCAACGAUGCCUUAUGAGGAACGGCUAAGGUAGCUGGGCAUGUUUAGCCUGGAGAAGAGGAGGUUAAGGGGUGAUAUGAUAGCCAUGUUCAAAUAUAUAAAAGGAUGUCACAUAGAGGAGGGAGAAAGGUGGUUUUCUGCUGCUCCAGAGAAGCGGGCACGGAGCAAUGGAUCCAAACUACAAGAAAGAAGAUUCCACCUAAACAUUAGGAAGAACUUCCUGACAGUAAGAGCUGUUCGACAGUGGAAUUUGCUGCCAAGGAGUGUGGUGGAGUCUCCUUCUUUGGAGGUCUUUAAGCAGAGGCUUGACAACCAUAUGUCAGGAGUGCUCUGAUGGUGUUUCCUGCUUGGCAGGGGGUUGGACUCGAUGGCCCUUGUGGUGUCUUCCAACUCUAUGAUUCUAUGAUUCUAUGAACUCCAGAGUGGUUCGCGUCUGGACUUAACUGUCAGGGGUCCUUUACCUUUUUAAAUAAUGGAAUACUGUACGAUAUAGUUUUUGUAAAAUAUGCAGGGAUUUAUAUGUAAAAUGAACCAUGUGACUUUUAUCAGUUUCUUUCCUUUAUAUUUAUUUUGUAUUUUAUUUUUUGAUUAAAAAAAAAAGAAACCCAAUUAUCUUUAAAGCUAUUUUUUAUCCAUUUAAAUUUAAUUAGAAUUUUAAGUGAAGAGUGCCUGUGUCCAUUCAGGUCCAUGAUUCUAGAAUGAUCAUGGGCUGGUUCCAUUCAAAAUGGAGAGUUUAUGUCUAGCCAAUGUGGCGUUAUGUGACUAAACCAUUCCCAACCCCAACCCCCCUCACAAGCAUAAAACCACAACCUCAAGGGUUUAAUUGUUCAGGAGGAAGUGACUGGGCUUUGAAUAAGGUGGGGGAAUGACUAUUAUGUAGAAGUGGAAAUAUUUCAUUCUGAGCUCAUUUUCAAAAGUAGCAUCUGAAAAGGUUUUUGGUUAAGAGAAACAGAGCUGGAUAUGAAAUUGGUACUCUAGGCCCAUCUGCAGUACAGUGCAGAUUUAAAGCAGUAUCAUGCCACUUCAAGCACUCAUGGCUUCUCCCAGAGAAUCCUGGGAACUGUAGUUUGAGAGUUCUUAGAAGAAUCCUAUUCCCCUCCAUAGCUAAUUCUCAGAGUUCCCUGGGAAGAGGACUAGGCUCUGGGAGUUUUAAAAGAUAAAGGUAAAGGGACCCCUGACCGUUAGGUCCAGUCGUGGACGACUCUGGGGUUGCGGUGCUCAUCUCACUUUACUGGCCAAGGGAGCCGGCAUACAGCUUCCGGGUCAUGUGGCCAGCAUGACGAAGCCGCUUCUGGCGAAACCAGAGCAGUGCAUGGAAACGCCGUUUACCUUCCCGCCGAAGUGGUACCUAUUUAUCUACUUGCACUUUGAUGUUCUUUCGAACUGCUAGGUUGGCAGGAGCAGGGACCGAGUAACGGGAGCUCACCCCGUCGCGGGGAUUUGAACCGCUGACCUUCUGAUUGGCAAGUCCUAGGUUCUGUGGUUUAGACCACAUAUUAUGGCCCUCCAGAUGUUGCUGAACUACAGCUCACAUCAUCUCUGGUCAUUGGCCAUGCUUGCUGGGGCUGAAGUUGUAAAUUCAGCGACAUCUGGAGGCCCAAUGGUUUUCCACACCUGGUUAGCGGAUUGGACUAGCGCUGGAGUAACCAUGAUUAAAAUCCUCACUCAGCCACUAAAUUCAUUUUGUGACCUUCAACCAGACCUUAGCUUAAUCUACCUCACAGGAUUGCUGAGACCACAAAAAUGGUGGUGAAGAGAAAUAUGUUCUCUGAGGGAAUGCUGGGAUAAAAACACAUAUACUUAAUAUAAUUAUCUUAUAUAAUUUACUUACUAUACAUAUAAUACUAAAUCAUCCAAGGGUCCUUCACCUUUACCUAUAAUACAUAUAACCCGACCAUACCUUAUUCACACUGCAAUCAAAGUAAAAAAUCAUGUUUAUUUUGAAGUAAAUCUCAGUGAGUUUAAUAGAGCCCCCACCUUUUCAUAGGAAUGCAGUCUUGACAGUCCAGUCCCAAAGGCGCUGAAUAAGAAGAAAAGUCCCAUUAAGCUUAUUGAGAUUUACUUUCAUGGAAGCAGGCUGUCAGGAGCAAGCCAGCAAUAAAUCACAUGGGGUAAGUGAAGUUAAUUCUUUAUUAAAAGAAACAGGAUCUGCUCAGGAGUAUCAGGUCUAAUGAGCACAGCAGCUCUUCUCUGUAGGUUUUACCCCUUUGAGGAAAUUGUGGAGGCCCACAGUAGCCAAAGGCUCCUCCUCUCCUCUUCUGCCACUCUCAAAUGUUUUUUUUGGGGGGGGGGUUGAACCCUAAGUUGUGGAAUUCCCUCCCCACAAAGAUGCACCUGGCACCUUCACUGUACAGUACAACAUUUAGUGAAUGUUGAAAACACACCUCUUUAUCCUUGCAUCUGAUGCCUGAGCAGUGUCAGAAACUGAGAUAAAUGGCACCUUAAACCUAGGUUAUGGGCGCAACAACGGAAUGUCUAGGUGCUCUUUUUUAGGUAUGCCCCACGGAGGACCUUAAGGUCCAUAAAUAGCAACACCCUAGUGUUCCGGGCCCUAAGGAAGUUAGAUUAGCCUCAACCAGAGCCGGGGCCUUCUCAACACUGGCCCCGGCCUGGUGGAAUGCUCUAUCUCAUGAGACCAGGGCCCUGCGGGAUCUGAUUUCUUUCCGCAGAGCCUGUAAGACAGAGUUGUUCCGCCGGGCCUUUGGCUUAGAAUCAGUUUGAUUCCCACCCCCCUCUUUCUUUUUCCUUUCUCCUCCUGUGAAGAGGCUGCAUCCUAAUGUUUUAAUGUUGUAUUUUAAUCUUGUUUUUUAAAUUGUAUUUCAAUCAACUUGUUUUUAUUAUUGGUUGUUAGCCGCCCUGAGCCCAGUCUUGGCUGGGGAGGGCGGGAUAUAAAUAAAAUAUUACUAUUAUUAUUAUUGUGUAUGUAUUAUUAUAAAUUUUAUUUAUAUGCCGCCCUCCCCAGCCGAAGCCGGGCUCAGGGCGGCUAACAACAAUAAAACAGUACAAAAGUACAGCAUAAACAACAGUCUAAAAUCAUUCGUUAUAAAAUUAAUUAAUUCAAGCCACUGGCAACCAUUAUUACCAUUAUUAUUAUUAUACAAAGCUGAAAAUGAAUGAACGGCAGCUAAAAUCUUAUACAGUGGUACCUCGGGUUACAUACACUUCAGGUUACAUACGCUUCCAGUUACAGACUCCGCUAACCCAGAAAUAGUACCUCGGGUUAAGAACUUUGCUUCAGGAUGAGAACAGAAAUCGCACAGCGGUGGCGCGGCAGCAGCGGGAGGCCCCAUUAGCUAAAGUGGUGGUUCAGGUUAAGAACAGUUUCAGGUUAAGAACGGACCUCUGGAACGAAUUAAGUACAUAACCAGAGGUACCACUGUGCAGUCAUACCUUGGGUUACUGACUCUUCAGGUUGUGUUUUUUUGGGUUACUGACCCGUCAAAACCUAGAAGUACCGGAACGGGUUACUUCUGGGUUUUGGCGGUUGCGCAUGCGCAGAAACGCUGAAUCGCAACCCGUGCGUGUGCAGAUGCGCCGCUGCGGGUUGUGAACGUGCAUCCCGCAUGGAUCACGUUCGCAACCCAAGCGUCCACUGUAUUCAUUUUUCACAUGGUCUAGUCCACAUCUGAAGAUUGCAAAAAACAAAGCCAUGCUUCCCCUGCCUGCCCCCCUAAUAUUCUUAAGAGGGUCUCUUCUCCAGUCUUCAGAGAGUGGCUGGAGGUGGGGAGGAAGAAAAAGCUCUUCCUUUCCUUCCACUCUGCAAUUUUAAUCUAAAACCUUAGACUCAGUACUGCGCCCAGAGCUCAGAAACUGCUCACGCUAAUUAAAUUCCUUGUCGCAAAACGCGCCUAGAACAAUGUGUUAUAAGAAAAUUUCUCUGUCUCCUUUGUUGGGUUUCUGGAGCCCCGUAUAGAGUUCCUCACGAAGGUCUCUAUUGGUUGGAGAGAAGAAGCAGAGGCCAACCAGAGUAUAUGGAAGCAAGGCGGCCAGUAAGCCUGAUCUUUAUUAAUAGAAAUACAGUAAGCUGUUGCAAAAGGUCCCCACUCACCACAAGCAGGAGGGAGGAGAACCCAGAACAAAAGAAAACCAUAAUUUGUAUACCUUUUGAUCCACAGGCAGAUCUUCCUGAGGCCUGCCCAGCAAGAACGUCAGUCGUAUAUCAGAAAUACAGUACGUCAUAGAAAUAUCAAUAACAUGCUCACAAUUACUUGUUGUCUUUUGCAGGAACAAACAGUGGAGAGCACAUUCCUAGGAAUGUGAAAAGGAAGUACCAAAGGAGCGUCUAAGACUUGGAGUUUUUCUAGCGUAACAGUGUAUAGAAUGUUGUAGUUUAAUGUUGAAUUUUGGAUAUAAUGGAGACGUAAAAGAUUUGGAUUAUUAUAAAAGAUGCAGGAGGAAAUGGUUAAGGAAAGGACCCACAAAGGGGAGGGCAUCAUGCAAUGUUGGGUGGGGGCAGAAACACCACUUAACAGCUUAUGAAUCCAUUGAAUGGAGUGGACUGACAUUGUGAACUGGUGUUAUUCAUUACAUUUUUUAAAAAAAUAAAUUUUUAUUAAAUUUUUCCACCAUAAUAACACAAGCCACAAAGCAGAAUAAUACACAGAAACAGAAAAGGAAAAAAAGAAGAAGAAGAAAGAAAAGAAAAGAAAAAAAAUGGGGGGAAGGGAGGGGGGAAAACAAUAAACAAAUAAACAAUAAUAACAAACUUAAUUCUUCACAAAUCCAACUUUUUAAACAUCUUGAUUGACUUCCUCAAAUCCCUCCCUUCUGAGUUUCCUUGUAAUUUAAAAGUAACAGCUUUCCAAUAUCAUUAUUAAACUAAAACAAUUUCCAAUUAUAGUCCUCUUAUUCACUUUUCUUGACAUUCUGAAUCCCAUUUAUUUAAUUAUAACUUAAUUUGUGCUAGGCCUAUUUGUUUCUUUCAAGUAAUUUCAAUUUUUUUAUAUUACAAUAUUUGUUCAAAUAGUCCUUGAAUUUCCUCCAGUCCUCUUGAAACUCCUCUUCUUUCUGGUCACGGAUUCUUCCAGUCGGUGUUAUUCAUUACAGACGCAGUAGAUGUCGCUGUGUAGCUGUCAGAGCUCCUUCGCUGCUUCUAAAAGGAAAAAACCCAUUUCUUACCUUUUGCCAGAUGCAACCUUAUACCCAAUUAUUAUACCUAGUUUCAUUUGGCUUAAGAUAAUUUCUUAUAACAAAUGGGAGUUUUGAACGCUGUGCCCGAGAUAUGUGCUUUCAGGGCCUGCCCUAUUCCUGUGACUGUAAUUUGUUUUAACUGUUUUUAGUACCCAAGUUUAAAUUGUUGUAACAUGCCCUGAGGCCUGCUGGCGAAGGGUGGGUAAGAAAUUAUUAUUAAUUAGAAUAAUCAGGGCUAUAUUUCUAGAGAAAGAGAUGCCGGAACUCACUAUGAACACCCCCUUUGUUCUCUGAGAAUGGCAAUGGCGCCCACCUGAGAGGGGCCGGAAGUGAGUCCCGGUGAGUUCUGGAUGAAAAAUAAUAAUAUAUUAUUAUUAUAUUAAUAAUAUAUUAAUAAUAAUAUUAAUAAGAAUGCUUGGGAUUCAACUAAAGUGGUACCUCAGGUUACAGAUGCUUCAGGUUCCAGACGCUUCAGGUUACAGACUCUGCUAACCCAGAAAUAGUACCUCAGAUUAAGAACUUUGCUUCAGGAUGAGAACAGAAAUUGUGCGGUGGUGGCACGGCAGCAGCAGGAGGCCCCAUUAGCUAAAGUGGUACCUCAGGUUAAGAACAGUUUCAGGUUAAGCACGGACCUCCGGAACGAAUUAAGUUCUUAAACCGAGGUACCGCUGUAAUGAGUCCUGUCAGUGGGUGCCCAGUGCAAGGACUUCCAUUUGCGAGACAGGGUCCCCCCCCCCAUAUGUUCCCCUCAAAUUGGCCCUGUGGUGGGGUCAAGAGAACUCCUGGAACAGCACACAAGGGGGGGAGAGAAGGAUCAUUUCACCUGGCAAGCCGAAAUGUUCGUGCUGAUGGAACAAUCCUCGAAUUCUUCCUCCUCCUUUUCCCAAUAAUAAUCAGUGCUUCCAAUCCUUCCUUGGCAAGCAGAGAGCCACUGGAACCGGCUGGGCUCAGAAGUUUUCCAUCAAUAACUUCCUAGUGUAGCCAGUGAGGUUCUUGGUUGAGAGCCCAGUUACCUUCUAAAUCCAGCCUGUGGAUGGUCCGGGGAUCAGCGUGUUUUUACAUGAGUAGAAUGUGUCCUUUUAUUUAAAAUGCACCUCUGGGUUAUUUGUGGGGCAUAGGAAUUCGUUCAUUCCCCCCAAAAAAUAUAGUCCGGGCCUGCACAAGGCCUGAGGGACAGUGGAGCGGCCCCCUGCUGAAAAAGUUUGCUGACCCCUGCGCUUAGUUUAUAGAUGCAUGGCAAAGGACUUAGCAAGGUUAUAAAGUUUAUGACCACACUAAACUCUUUUUGUUGUGCAUCUGCAUUCUGCCCUCCAGCAUCUGCUGAGGGAAGAAUACAGCUACACAAUGAGGGACUUAAGUUGGCUAGAAAGUUUAUAGCCAUACUGAACUCUUUGUUGUGCACCUACGGCCUUCUCUCAAGAGAGAUUGGAAGACAUGCGCCUGAAGCAGUAUGGGGGUAGAAUUUCAAACUGUGGUGAGAAAGUGGUCUGUGUUGCCUUUAGCCAGCUCUAUGCAGCACAAUCCCAUCCAUGUACCCUCAGAAAUAAGCCCCAUUAUGUUAAAUUACAUUAAAAAGCAGAGACAUCACCUUGCCAACAAAGGUCCGUAUAGUUAAAGCUAUGGUUUUCCCAGUAGUGAUGUAUGGAAGUGAGAGCUGGACCAUCAAGAAGGCUGAUCGCUGAAGAAUUGAUGCUUUUGAAUUACGGUGCUGGAGGAGACUCUUGAGAGUCCCAUGGACUGCAAAAAGAUCAAACCUCUCCAUUCUGAAGGAAAUCAGCCCUGAGUGCUCACUGGAAGGACAGGUCCUGAAGCUGAGGCUCCAAGACUUUGGCCACCUCAUGAGAAGAGAAGACUCCCUGGAAAAGUCCCUGAUGUUGGGAAAGAUUGAGGGCAGAAGGAGAAGGGGACGACAGAGGACGAGAUGGUUGGAUAGUGUUAUCGAAGCUACCAGCGUGAGUUUGACCAAACUGAAGGAAGCAAUGGAAGACAGGAGUGCCUGGCGUGCUCUGGUCCAUGGGGUCACGAAGAGUCGGACACGACUAAACGACUAAACAAAAACAACAUGUUAAAUAGGGCAUUCUCGCAACAGCCCUAUAAGGUAGGUAUGGCUGAGAGGAGAUUUUAAUCCAAAGCCUUUACGGUAGAGAUCUAAGAUUGUUCUACAGUGGGCCGUGGGAAGACAGGUUUGGAGGGGAUCCCAAAAUCUGGGGUUCUUUCCUGUGUAUGGAGGCUACAGCAGGCUACCAGCUCUGUUUCUGAGUCUCUUCCAUCCUACCUUAGACUCUCCUGCAGUCACAAACAUUUAUAUAGGUACAGGCUUUGGGUCUGCAUUUCUGCAACUUCUGAAACUCUUCCGCUGCUCUGAGGCUCUGGGAGUUGCUUCCUUUCAUGGAGGAAGGCAUUAUAUGUGUUCAUUGCAAAGGAGGAACAUUCUCUCCCCCAUGUAUGAAUCAAGCAUUUUGUCUGGUUUGAUUUCCAUGUCUGAGAUAUUCUCUUUAUCUUGUUGAUAAAAGAAGUCUAUUGUUUAAACAGGUCAUGCAGUUACAAGGACUUUUCUUUCAUAACCUCAGACAUAAUUUUCCAUCUUGUUAUAUAACUUUAAUUUAUUCUUCUGCUGUGAACUGACCUACUGGACUGGAAAAUAAGAUUGUAGGAUGCUCUCUCACUUCCCUGGCAGCGAGGUGCUCCUGGGACAGGGAUGCCUGAUCCACAGUGUGAUCCCAUCUUUGUUCUUACAGAUAUAAGUCCCACUGAGUUCAAUGAGACUGACGCCUUUCUUUGGGUUGCAGCCUGAACAGAGCAAUUUUGGCCUCUUUGCUUGAGGGCAAGGGCUGCUCUUAUUCAAUAGUGCUUGCUCCCUUUUCUUCUAUUCGGGAUUUCAUUUUUACAGUGCAAUCCUAACCAUGUCUAAUCAGACAAGUAAGGCCUAUCAAAUGGGAAUUGCCCCCAGGUAAAUGGGGCCAGGAUUGCAGCCUCAGUAUCAUUCGGAUUAGAAAGCAGAGGAGACUAAACAUGUCUUUGCAAUGUUACACACAGCACAGAGACUUCAGGGGUGCCAGCACAUACCCCAGCUUUGAUUUCCUUGGAAUGAAGGUCACCAGAGACUGUGGUGUCUUUGGGGUGUAUGGUUUUACUUACACAGAUACGUGAGCUGAGCGUAAGAUGAAAGUCUUCAUAGAAUUAGCACGCCAACAAAUCUUGCUCCCCCAUUAGGUUUCUCGUGGGGUUCCCAAAGAUAGUUUUGGGUUCAGCACAGAAAGCAAGGUCUUCCCAGCUCCAGAGGAGACCAUGCAAGACGGGCCUCUGGCCUGCUGUUUUCUUUUCACUUGGAAUGACCUUGCCUCCUGCUAGGGGAGAGGUGAAGACCUGCAAGUCCAGCAAGUCUAGGUGCUGUAUGGUCUCAGCUCCAGACUAGACCAGACUCUGUUGGUCCUCAGUGAGACAUCACCUCCAGCCAAGAGAGGGGAAGGAAGCAUCACAUCUGUGAUGGCCAACUCUUUAGUCAUAUAAAGAGAUGCUUUAUUAUGAAACCUUUAAGAUAAUAUUUUAGUUUCCUAUUAAUUAUGUUGCUUUGAAUGCAUACAUAUUUGACUUCUUUUGUAAUGCUUUAUUCUAGAUUGUUUUAUUUGAUCACAGAAUCAUAGAGUUGGAAGGGAUACCAUCUAGUUCAACUCCUUGCAAUGCAGAAAUACUGUCCACAUCUGUCCCUGGGUGGGCUUGAAACACCAACCUUCUGGUUCACAGCCAGAAGCACUAACCCAUGGUGCCACUGGGGGCUUCUUAAAUGAUGUCAUAAUGUAAACUGUUUGAGAUGUUUUCUUAAAAAUAUAAAGCAGUAUACAGUGGAACCUCAUGUUACGUACCGUUCCCCCUUUUGAACGCUUUGGGUAACGAGCUCCACUAACCCGGAAGUAGAUGCUCCUGGUAGCAAACUUUGCCCCGGGAUGUGAGUGGAAGUCAUGUGCCGGUGGCGCGCCAGCAACAGGAAGCCCCAUUAGCGAAAGCGCGCCUCAUGUUAAGAACGGUUUCAGGUUAAGAACAGACCUCUGGAACGAAUUAAGUUCAUAACCGGAGGUACCACUAUAGAAAUGAAAGGAAUAUGAUGACAAUGACUAAUGCUCAAUGGAUUUGGCUACACUGGUUUGACCACUGCAGCAGUUCAUUCUGCUACAAGAAUCCAUUUUAUAUACAUAAAACCACAAGUUUGGAUGGGCCCAACAGAUAUUAUCCAGACUAGUCCCCCAUCCUAUUUGCUUUAUUCAAACUUCCUUUAUUCACACAGCUACAAGCACAGCAAGGGAUGUGGGUGGCGCUGUGGGUUAAAUCACAGAGCCUAGGAUUUGCUGAUCAGAAGGUCGGCGGUUUGAAUCCCUGCGACGGGGUGAGCUCCCGUUGCUCGGUCCCAGCUCCUGCCAACCUAGCAGUUCGAAAGUACAUCAAAGUGCAAGUAGAUAAAUAGGUACUGCUCCGGCGGGAAGGUAAACGGCGUUUCCGUGCACUGCUCUGGUUCGCCAGAAGAAGCUUAGUCAUGCUGGCCACAUGACCCAGAAGCUGUACGCCGGCUCCCUCGGCCAAUAAAGCAAGAUGAGCACCGCAACCCCAGAGUCGGCCACAACUGGAUCUAAUGGUCAGGGGUCCCUUUACAAGCACAGCACAGCUGGAUGCAAAUAUUUUUAGAGGGGACCCUGUGUUAGUCUCUUGCAACAAAAAUAACAAUGGGCGUUAGCCUUUAAAAUGCCACAAAACUCCUGGUAGUUUUUGGAAGCAAAGAGCCACUUGAAGGACUGUUACCCUAAGUCAGACCCAGAGACAGAGUCCUGCACCUACAAGGUGCCUUUAGACUUGUUACAAUUCUUUCUCUUUCUCUGAGAUUUCAACUGACCCCCCAGCCCUGCAGCCGCCACUGCUUAACUGAAGUUCUCCAAACCUCUGCUGGGGUAUCUCAUUCAAGAAACAAGACACUUUGAACUGUGAGGAAACCAUCAUUGACUUGACCAUUAUCCCCCAUUCAUUAAACAUCAACUGAACAUCCUGGACCAUUAACUAGGAAUGUGACUAACAGAGCCAUGACACCUUCAACAAUACUCAGUUUGGUUACAGAAAAGAAAAACAAAGGAAUUAAGUGCCCUUCUUAAGCUAUUUUAACAUAAGCACAAAGAUGAAGGAGGAGGAAUCCCUCUCCUUCAGAGAUGGGGAUGGCUUCCUGGGGAGUGGGGAACAAUAGCAUAAUAGGGGGAUGGGGAAACUGUGUCUUGCCACGUUGCUGGAUUGCAACCUCUGCCACCCCUGUAAAAUGGCCAUGCUGACUGUUGAGGCUGCUGGGAGUUGGCAUCCAACAACAUCUAGAAGGCCAGAAAUGUUCCCUCCCCAUCAUGGGCAUAAGACAUAGUUUUUGGAUGUGUUUUUCUUUCCUAUGGACCAAUGCAGCUGCCUUGGUAGGGGUUUUGUUGAUGCUAUUAUUUUGCAAGUGAGAGACUGUUUUUCACCCUUCCCUUGAAGUAGAUUCAUCCCAGUGCGUCUUCUUAAGAACGUGAGAACAGCCUCUGGAUCAGGCCAAUCUAGUUCAGCAUCCUGCUCUCACAGCAGCCAACCAGAUGCCUAUGGGAAGCGCAAAGGCAGGACCUGACUGCUUUGUGCAAAUCAAGGCAGGAAGCCACUACCUGCGGCGACAAGGAGAGACAUUCCUUCUCUUGGUACAAACAGGGCUAGGUGUGGGCCAAAGGCACGCCCCCGAGCGGUGACCCGAUAUAGUGUUAUCCCUUCCCCGUGUCUCCAGCAAAUGGGCUGGAGCCGGAUAGUCGUUAGGACCAAUGCCUAAGCCAAUGCCUCUCAUUCCUGAAUUCAAUAAAGUUGUGGCCUAAUUCGCCCAUUUAACCUUAAACAUGGUGUCUCGUGUCUUUAUUUAUCCUGGUGGGGGGCGGGAACUCGCCACGCAAGGAGAGACAUUCCUUCUCUUGGUACAAACAGGGCUAGUGCAGACACACCUUAAGUGAAUACCGUACAUCCUGUGUUACAUGCAACACUGGGGUGCUUUGCCUCAAGAAAGCCGCACCCAGGUUUAGUUUAUUAGUUUCUGCAAUGCAUUACUGGGAAGACUGCUUGCCUACUGCCAUCAUACAUUAUCCUUCUAAAAUAUCACUUUUAAAUCUCAUGGGGAAACAAAGCAUCCUUACGUUUUCCAACUGUACAGUAAUUUUUCCAGGAACAAUAAAACCUUCCUGGUUCUGCAAGGCAGAUGGAAAACAGACCUAUGUGGCAGAUGACUGCCAUUCAUUCAUUAUAUUUAUCCUCUGCUUCUUUCAGCCAAGAUUAACUCAGCUGAAAGUCCACACAUAUGUACAAUAUUUUUAUGAGGAUUAUUUUUUUGGGGGGUGGGGAGGAGUAAGCUAUAUUCCUGAGUCCCCUAAUGAAAUCAAUGGACAUUACUUACAUCCUGGUCAUUAACUGGAUGGGUCUACUCUAAGUAACACUUUGUUGAAUGCCGUCCCUGGUGCCCUUCAGAUGUUUAGGACCAGGAACUUCUGUCAGCAGGAAAGCUGAGACAGAACAUCAGCUGAAUCAAGUCAGGCUGCUUUAUGGUGGUAAGUAACUCUUUUAAAUCCUUUGACUGCUAACAGAAUAAAUAUAUUAAAAAAUUCCUUCCAGUAGCACCUUAGAGACCAAGUAAGCUUGUUAUUGGUAUGAGCUUUCGUGUGUGUGGUAUGAGCUUUUCGUGUCUCUAAGGUGGUACUGGAAGGAAUUUUUUAAUUUUGUUUCGACUACGGCAGACCAACACGGCUACCUACCUGUAACUAGAAUAAAUAUAUGAUACUGCCACCUACAGUUAAACUUAAAUCUCUGUGCACCAAUCUGUCCACGGAGGCAGGUGAGCACAAGGAAGGAAGCAGACACAGUUUCCUUCUUUAGAAACUCUGGGGCUACCCAGCUGUUCCAUAUGGUAAGCAGCUCCUUGCUAAGGAGAGCCACCUGAUUUAUCUCCCAACUCCUGACAGAUGAUUCUCCUCUCCACCCCCUCACCCCCGGCACCCACAGCAGUGCCACUUCCCUUUGCCCAUGGAUUACUAUUCUAGAGUUGACAUUUUGCUGGCCCAUGGAUUUAGCAGCUGCUUAUCUCUGCCAUCUGAAACUGCUCCUGCUGCCGGGAGUCUGGCCUUAGCAGACGCGGGAGGCAAUGCAGCCAGGGACAGAACAUAUGGAUAUGAGACUAACCCAAGUUGUCUGUUUCUGUCAGGAUUGUUCUGUUGUUAUUUGUAAGAUGCUUAAAAUCCCCAGCACUAUAAUCUAAAAUGGGAUCCCUCCUCUAAACAACAACAACAGCAACAACAGCAACAACAACAGCAGCAGCAGCAGCAGCAACAACAACAACGGCUUAUAAUGUGAAGGUAAAGGACCCCUGGAUGGCUAAGUCCAGUCAAAGGCGACUAUGGGGUUGUGGCGCUCAUCUUGCUUUUCAGGCCAAGGAAGCCAGCGUUUGUCCACAGACAGCUUUCUGGGUCAUGUGGCCAGCAUGACUAAACCGAUUCUGGAGCAACGGGCCACCGUGACAUAAGUCAGAGUGUAUGGAAACGCCAUUUACCUUCCCGCCACAGCGGUACCUAUUUAUCUACUUGCACUGGUGUGCUUUCAAACUGCUAGGUUGGCAGGAGCUGGGACAGAGAAAUGGGAGCUCACUCUGUUGCGUGGAUUCAAACCGCCAACCUUCUGAUCAGCAAGCCCAAGAGGCUCAGUGGUUUAGACCACAGCGCCACUCGUGCAUAGUAAGGGAGGGCAACCAGAGGCCUCUGGCCUAAUUUCUCAUGGGUGGCAAUAAUGGAAAUAUGGAGUGAAGCAGUAUGCUCCUGGAUACCUGUUAAUUCCUAGCAAUACAGAGAGGGACUCUGUGUGAGAGUUUCCCAUGUUUGAGAAAAUGGUCACUUGUACCCCCCCCCAAAGGAGUAGGUUUGCAAUUUUGGCUCCAGACUGGAGGGCCAGGCCAUUUCAGUGGUUAGAAUCGACUUUUACCAGUUGAGACUGGGGCAACAACUAUGAUUGUUCCUCAAACAGGAAAACUUGGUAGAUCAUGCACUGUUACUUCAAGACCGGAUUACUGCAGUGUCCUCUAUGAGGGCCUCCCUUUGCACUUGAUCUGGAAGCUGCAGUUAUUGCAGGAUGCCGCUGCCUGUUUGCUGACGGGAGCAAAACCCUGUCCACUGCUGCUCAAGAACAGUACUGGUUGCUGUUCUGCUACUAGGCCAAGUUCAUGGUGUUACUGUUUCGUAUAUGAAGCCUUUAAAAGCUUGGGACCAAUUUACCUGUGAGAUUGCAUUACUCCAUAUAUGCCCACAGGACUACUUUGAUCUGUGGAACUGGCACUGUUAUAGAUGCCACAAAAUACUCGUUCUGUGUUUCUAAGAAAUUGCUAUUUCAGUGUAGCAGUGCCCAAACAUUGGAAUUCCCUGCCUAUUGGCAUCAGGUAGAUAGAUAGAUGCCUUCACUGUACACUUUUGGGAAUCUGCUAAAAACAUUUUUAAAAAUAAAGCCUAUUCAGACAUGUAGAAUGUUAACAUGUGUUUUCAUCUGGUUUUUAGUUUAUCAUUGAUUCUAAUUAUUUUUGAAUGCUUUAUAGGUGUUGUUAUUGAUGAUUUUAGUGCUCUAUUCCUUUUGUAAACGACUUUAAGGCUUUAUUACAAUCCAAUAGUAUAUCCAUCUUGCACAAUAAAAUAAAAUCAAUUCAACACAGAUGCCAAUAGGGACAAAGAUUUUAAUAAGGAUCGUUGAAAGAGGAAAGUCUUUAGCAGGUGUGUGAAAAGACAAUGGACAAGGUCCCUGUCUGAUAUGCAAAGGGCAUUCCAAAAGGUAAGUGCCUUCACACCAACAUCUUUAGUGGGAAGGAUUAUCCAAGUAGCUGGUUUGCAGGAGAUUCAGGGCAGGGAACAAAAAGUGUGGUGCAUAACAAAUGCAUAGAAUUAGCUGUCACAAGAUGUGAUAAUGGCUAUUAGCUAGGGCUGAGGAACCAGUGGAUAAUAGCCUAAACAAAAGAAUCUUGUAGUGCCUUAAAUAGUAAGUCUGCAAAUUCACCUUCCUGGGAGUUAGCCCAAUUGAAUUCAAUAAGUCUUAAUUGAGCACAAAGAAUUAGAAUUACACUAACACAUUUAAAGUGGUGUACUCUUUGGUUAUCAACAACAAUUUCUUUCACGAUUACCCAGUUAACUAUGACCACUGUCUAUACUUUUCUGCAUUUCAUUUCAUUCUUACCUCACUGUUUAUAAUUCCACACACACACACAUAUAUAUGCCUGCAACUCAGGAUAACACUUCAUGCGCAUGAUGAAGCAUGGGGCAAUUGUUUUGAAGGAGUUUUCUAGGAACUCAAAAGGCCGCAUUAAGAACAUGUGAAAGAGCAUUUUUAAUAAUUUUACGUUCACAAUUAUUUUAAUAGUAAAUGAUUACAAUUUGAAGAAACUUGACAUUUAAAACUUAACAAUAACAACAAAAACCCCUCCACAACUCCAAAAGGUGGUUUGUUUGUUUGUUUUACAAAAUCCCACUCAGCAUAAAUCUCUGCAACAGGCCUCCUGUCUCCGGUUCAAAGGAAGUGGACAACAGCAGGCCAGGGAUCAUAAUAGGCUGUACCAAUCUAAUUCAGAGCUAUGUUUAGCCCUGCAUUAACAACCAUACUUGUUCACAUGCCAUCCACCAGUAGAUUAGGCACAGCCACAACUCUUUCAGUUUGCCCUGAGUGGGGUUGGGCUUUUUGUUAUUUUUGACAGUUAUGGGCAACAGGUGGUGAAGACUCACCAAUAGUGAACAUGGGAGAUGUGGCGCUUCAGAAAAUACUUGCCAUUGUUUGCAUGCAUCAUCUACAAAUGCACCAUCUAUCCCUAGGAAGACUCUGGUGCCCAGUAUAAAUCCUGCUUUCACAAACCAUGUGAGUGAUUGGGUUGAUAGCAGAUAAUGGAUAUUAUUAUGGUUCUUUAUUCAUUGCCUUCCACAUAUAUGUCUUAGGGUGAUGUGAAAAAAAAAUAACAGAAGCAGCUAAAAAAAGUUUUAAACAGCACAAAAUUAAUUUAAAAACAAUGCAAAGCAGACACCCAUGGUACAGACCUAUCCAUCCAUCCUGGGAAAGCCUGUCAGAAAAAAGAUGUCUUCAAUUGUUUACAGAAAAUGCAGAUAGCAGGUCUCUGUCAUAUCUCAAUGGACAGAAGACUAUCCACAGACAAGUUCUAUCCCAGGCUUCCUCAACCUCGGCCCUCCAGAUGUUUUUGGCCUACAACUCCCAUGAUCCCUAGCUAGCAGGACCAGUGGUCAGGGGUGAUAGGAAUUGUAGUCUCAAAACAUCUGGAGGGCCAAGGUUGAGGAAGCCUGUUCUAUCCUAUGUUCCCUUAUGGGCAAGCAUGGUCUCCCAGAGCAAGUGCCUGAUGUAACACCUGGCAAAAGCAAGCUCACGCCUCUGAUUUUGUAUGCAUACUUAAGAUACAUAUGUAAGAGACUCGUUUAUCAUUAUGUUUUGGGAAUGAUUCAAGCUUUUAUGUAGCUGUAUUAUUUUAUGUUUUCUGGCUGUCCCUUGAGCAUAUUAUAAAGGAGUUGUGUUCUAUGUUAUAAAUCAAGUACUGCGAGCUGCUUGUUUUUGAAUGUAUUUCUUAUCAUUUAAAAAAUCCUGAAAGUGUGGCCCAGAGAAAACAGUUUGUGAACUGCUGCUCUAGAUAAAUCAGUCUCAGACCUGCAGUUGCUCCACAACCAUCCUCUCCACCACCUUUGCCAAGAAAGGGGUGAUGGUGACCAGUCUGUAGUUACUGUUGGGUCUAGGGUGGGUUUUUUGAAAAGUGGACACACCGCUUCCUUUUUGAGGACAGUGCAAAAAUGUGCAUUGUGCAAAAAUGCAUUUACCACACCUCCGACCCAUUCCGUCGCCCCUACCGUGGCCAGCUUAAAUAAGGCAGGGUAGACAAGGAUCUAAUGAAACAUCACUACAAGUUUCUUCUGCAGGCCACGUUAACUGGGGAUGAUCCCACAAUACAUGGCUUCAAGGUUGCAUUGGUCAUCUCGGCUGGUACUGCUGCAAUCAUGGCCACUGGGCCCAUCACCUCCUGGCAAAUAGAAGGGGAAGGGGAAGAAAUGGAGGCAGUGAGAGAUUUUACUUUCUUGGGCUCCAUGAUCACUGCCGAUGGUGACAGCAGUCACAAAAUUAAAAGAUGACUGCUUCUUGGGAGAAAAGCGAUGACAAACCUAGACAGCAUCUUAAAAAGCAGAGACAUCACCUUGCCAACAAAGGUCCGUAUAGUUAAAGCUAUGGUUUUCCCAGUAGUGAUGUAUGGAAGUGAGAGUUGGACCAUCAAGAAGGCUGAUCACCGAAGUAUUGAUGCUUUUGAAUUAUGGUGCUGGAGGAGACUCUUGAGAGUCCCAUGGACUGCAAGAAGAUCAAACGUAUCCAUUCUUAAGGAAAUCAGCCCUGAGUGCUCGCUGGAAGGACAGAUCCUGAAGCUGAGGCUCCAAUACUUUGGCCACUUCAUGAGAAGAGAAGGGUCCCUGGAAAAGACCCUGAUGUUGGGAAAGAUGGAGGGCACAAGGAGAAGGGGACGACAGAAGACGAGAUGGUUGGACAGUGUUCUCGAAGCUACCAGCAUGAGUUUGACCAAACUGCGGGAGGCAGUGGAAGACAGGAGUGCCUGGCGUGCUCUGGUCCCUGGGGUCAUGAAGAGUCGGACACAACUAAACGACUAAGGUAAAGGUAAAGGGACCCCGACCAUUAGGGUCCAGUCGUGGCCGACUCUGGGGUUGCGGCGCUCAUCUCCCUUUAUUGGCCGAGGGAGCCGGCGUAAAGCUUCCGGGUCACGUGGCCAGCAUGACUAAGCCGUUUCUGGUGAACCAGAGAAGCACAUAGAAACGCCGUUUACCUUCCCGCUGGAGCGGUACCUAUUUAUCUACUUGCACUUUGACGUGCUUUUGAACUGCUAGGUUGGCAGGAGCAGGGACCGAGCAACGGGAGCUCACCCCAUUGCGGGGAUUCGAACCGCCAACCUUCUGAUCGGCAAGCCCUAGGCUCUGUGGUUUAAUAAACGACUAAACAACAACAACAAAAUUGCUGCGGAGCGGAACAACUUUAUCCUUGAUUGCAUCUAAUUAUCGGGUGCUCCACAAAGGUCCUCCUCACCUCCCCCGUUUGAAAUUAUAUUUACAAAGAAAAGUGAGGUGCCAGCAACUGAAGUAACUAUAUAAUUGAUGGGCUGAAGCACGACAAUCCGGCUCGUGUUUUUCCUCGGAGGCAACUCCCACGGCGAGGCUUUAUCACGUCCCCUUUAAGAGCCGCUUCAUCACGUCCCCUUUAAUGGCCGCUGCCGUUGUCAUUCAGGGCCCGCGUGCCCGACGGCUGGCCGUUACCCCAUUGGUCCGUUACCUUCUCUUGCCAGCCGAUUCCUGCCACGCUGCAUCUUAUGAGUCCGCCAAACGGAGAAAAAAAUAAGUCCAGAUGUCCCGCCUACUACGGAAUCCUUACGCGGGAUUGGAGGGCGAAGGAGGACUGACAAGCGGCGGAAGGAUCUUGGGGGCGGUGAUGUGCCGUUGCCCACAACUACCUUAAACGCCGUUACCGGCCGCUCGGCUGCUCAGAGAGGUCGAGACUCUCCGAGGUGACUGACGUUUGAUAGCCGGGCAGGUAAGGCUGGUGAGCUGGGUAGGGCGGGGCGGCUUAUCCAUCACCCGCUGCACGUAGCUCCUGCAGAGGCGUGAGGAAGAGCCCUGCUUCUCUAACUUCUACCCAGCGCCUCACUUCCUUCUCUGCUCCCCUUUUAUUCACCUACGACAUAUUCUCCAUCUUUAGAGCCACCUCACUCAAGGCAAUUUGACGUGGGUUUUUUUUUAAAUAAAAAAACCUAAAGCCGUAUAAUAUAUACUUCCCCCUUCCCAAAAAACAAAAACCUUGUUGGGCUUGUGAGCGUAUGGGGAGCAUUCUCCUCACACCUCCCGAGGGCGCGGGGCUGAGGGCGGUUAGGUAACGGCCUGGCACGCGGCCUAACUGUCUGGAGGAAACCCCAGGAAAUGAAGGGGAGCUCCUGAGGCGCCGAGGUUUGCGAAGCACCAAAGUGCCCCCCUUCCGUCUCCAUAGAAACGUGGAGGGGGGGGGAGAGAAGAGAGGGCCAGGAAGCACGCACGUGGGGGGAUGGGGUGCUGCGCACGCGGGAGCGCACUUUUCGAGGUGCCCAUCAUGGCUUCCUCCAUCUUCACGCUCUUCCUACCCCCUUUGAUUUACUUCCUCGUUCUUUUUCCACGCUCUCUCUUUCUCUCCCCCUCCUCCCUGAAAGCCGCCUCUGCGCAUCCUUGAGCGCCCCGGAUUCCCUCCGCCCCCCCGCGCCAGCAGCCUCCCUCUCUGCUGGUGGAAGCGGGAGGUAUCGAGUUUCACCGCCUGCCAAUUGUGGCUUGGCUAUCAUAUUGCCAAGGGCCUGGUUUCAUGAGCGUUAUCGGGUCGCACCGAUAAGGCAAUCAGAGCUUACGGUUUCUUUGCUUUCCUCCCGGAUCUAACCCCAGUACCACGCAGGUUUAUGCCGCUAAAUCACAGUGGGUUGUAACCUAAGUUGUAUGCAGAAAAAGUCCGUUGAAAUCAAUGGACCCGAGUUACCCAUGUUCAACCCUUGAGAAGGACCAACACCCCAUGGUGCUUACUCAUAAAAAAGAAAAGCACGCGUAGCAUUUGCAGUCUUAUUCUGACCUUCUCGGGUAAGGAUGCUUUUCUCUAGUUGCCUAAGGUGGUAUUUUAACUCCCGCAUGCCUUAGAGUGAGUGCAGAGAAGGCAAGACUUCCUUGGGAGCACAGUCUACCAUGAGGCGUUUCUCUAGGGUGACCUUGGCCAUUGCAGCAGCAGCUCUGUGCAGGCCAAACAUUUCACGCUCGCGGGAGUAGGAACAAAUACUAAGAGAUUCCAUCAGUGUGGUUGCCUGCACCUAUUGUUGCUUUUGUGACAAUAUUGGGGUGGUUUUUGGAAGAGGCAUAACUAAGGAACCAUAGCGUAUCAGUUUUUUUUUAUCUGGAAGCAAGUUUCACCUUCAUACUGGUUUGGUGGGGAAUGAAUAAUUGCAGCUUGUGAUCAAUAUUUCUCAGAAUAACAAUAAAUAGUGCUGAAUGAAAACAAUAGGCACAGAAGUUGUAGAGAAACUGUUUCACAUAGGUAAGGUUGUCUGAACCAUAACAGGUUAGGAAGCUGUCCAGUAGUCACAGUACUGCUACCACACCAGAAAUAGGUUCUUUAUGGUAUUCUAUAUGAUAUUCUGUACAGGGGUCCACAAACUGGCUACUAUAACAGUAGGUAUUCAUUUGUUUAGUAGCCAUGCUUCAGGCAGAGGUUUGGUGGUGCUUCGAAGCAGUAUCUCCAAAUCUUGAUGUGAAAUGAGAUUGCUUCCCAUUUUUCUGAGACAUGAAAAUUUAGAAGGGGAGGAGUCAUUACUAACUGCUCAACCCAUGGGCUUUUUUACAGAUGUGAUGUAAUUUCCAUUUACUGGAAGAAGGAAAUGACUGAGCGAUUAGCACAGUUAAUGGAAAUUUAAGUAACCAGCUUAAGUUGUUUCUUCUUAUGUCAAUUCUGCCUGCCUGCUGGAAAUACUUUUGGAUAAAACAGCUAGGGGGACAACCAUUUAUUUCAGUUUAACAUGUUCUCUCUGUAUCAUAAAGUGGUACAAACCUGUGUUUAACCUGUAGCAGCUUUCCCUUGACAUUUGUUGCCAUCAUGUACAAACAUGUCCACAAGCAGAUGGUUCAGAGGGGAGAAGCUUUGGCAUGCAAAAUAGGGUGCCGUAGCCCUUUUAUUUGGCUAUAAUUUAUUUGAAAUCUCUGUAGCUGAGUCAUCUUACAUUGCCAAGGCCAGUUGGAACACAUGCAGUUGGUGCAAAUCUUUUCAACCAGGAAAUGACUUAAACUGGAAAUGCUCAUAUAUAAAAGCUUAGCUUUUCAGGGAACAGAAUUAAUGACAGUAGCUUUAUAUAUGUUUAUAAUUGUUUUAUUCAAAUAUGUCUAUAGAUGUUUAAUCAGACAUAUUAAGAACUCAGCUUUUCCAUGAUGCUGUUGGCUUGCUGCAGUAUUCUGUGACUUCUAGCACGUAGGAUUUGAAUGAGACUGUAGUAACAGCCUAUCACCACUACUGUCUCUGUGCGCAAGAAAGCUUCAGGCAAAUGAUGCCGCCGAUGAGGGCCCAACCAAUGUGUCUAAAUUUAGCUGAGGGCUUACACUUUUGACUGGGAAUAAAUUCAUUCAUUUCACUUGGUCAGCAAAGUAGUCUUUCCUUUCUGAAAAUGAAGGAUUAUUAAAGCAGCACAUCCUAGUGAAGUGGUAGUUUAAAAAUUAUGUUGGAAGUUGAUAGAGAUUAGAUAAAGGCAUAUUUUAAAGACAUAUUUUAGUGAAUAGUGCAUGUGUUCUUAAAAUAGUGAUGAUCCACCUUUUUGCAAAAAGAAUAGCAUGGGGCUAAAAUGUUUUAAACCACUUGCCCUGGGAUAUCCCAGUCUUAUCUGUUCUCACUAACAGCUCACAAUAUACUUAGGUUUAAAGCUUAUCGCAUAAAUAAGCCUUUCUUUGUUUGUGAGGUUAUAUUAGAUUAUAUUGCCCUGCCUGCUUGUUCAUCUGUUCUGUUUUGUGUUGAGGGCCCAUGUGAUCCUCUAUUUAAAAUUGAUCUGCACUAAAUUGAAAUCCAUCACCUUAAGAGUUGUAGACUACAGAUAACCUGGUUGGAUCAGAGUAUUUAAAAUAUUUGGGGUAACUUGAAGUGUGUGUUUGGUGUUUUGGCAUUGGUACAUUUCCAAAAAACUAUUGGAAUAUGCUAAUGCAGUCAGGCUACUGUCUUGUACAGAUUAUAGGGAAGCAUUUAUAUACUGCUUAUUCCACUAAGUUUUUGGUAGAUAAAAUGUGAUAAGAAUUUAAGAAUUAGAUUCUCUAAAUUAGGUGAUAGAUGUGAUGGGGGGAUCACCUCAGUCUGCAAUAAUGAAGAGUGUUUAAAAGCCCUGUUAUGAGUUGGGGUGACAUAUAACUCCGGAGUGGCAUAUAAUUUUUUGAGGUCUAGGCAAAUUCCAAUACGUAUCUGUCAAAUUUCUUGGAUACAUUGAUUUGAUUAUCCUGUUCACUUUAAAACAAUAGUCUCCUUCUACUUGGCAAGAAAAGAAAAUGUGGAUUCAGGAGAUUACUGUUAAAGUCUUUAUUGUUUUUAUAAUGUUACCUUAUGUCUAAUUGUAACAUACAUUGUAAUUGAUAGGCAGCAUGUUACAUUCCUUGUACAAAUGACUGCUUUAAUAUCUGGAUUUAGUAAACAUACUGUACUAGGACCACCUUCCUAAUUUUCAGAGGGAUGCUUGUUCUACCCCCAAAUAUUAUAUAAUGGUUUUUAGUUAGGCCAGCAUAAUAUGUUUACUAAUGUAUGGGAAGGUGCAAACUUUUAUAUUUCUUUAUUGAAAAAUUAAAAGUAUAAAAUUAAAAGGGCACAAGGUAAAAUAAGAUGUGAAAAGAAAAAAAAUAUGUAAACAACAACUCAUUAGUUUUGUGUCAUGUAUUGAAAAAGUGGAGCAGUACCAAAUGUGGCAGUAAAUGGAGAGUAAGAGUCCCAAGUUUCUUAAUACUGUUUCCCAUUGCAGUGUUGUGCCAAAGUUUUUUGAAGCCUACAAAGAGAUGUCAUUGGAGUAGGGGGUGGCUUCCCCAGAAACAAGAUGAUAGUUUCUGGAUGAUAGUUUACCCCAUAAGAAAAAUGCUAAGCUAGACUAAUUUAGUAAAGAGUUGGGGCAAGCUUAAGCUGAAAGAGUGCCAUUUUAAUAAUACUUAAAUAGAUUUUUGCAAAAGGUUGUAUAAAUAUGAACCUGGUUGCAUAAGAAUCUUCCUGUGCUGGGAAGACAUUGGUCUGCAUCACUGCAGGAGCUAUUUCCUGUCUCUCUCCCCCCCCCCCACAGCAUACUUCUGUUAAUUUGAAAGUGAGUCAGCAUCUUCACUGAGGCUAGAGCUUGUAUUUCCUCUGAGAAUUGGCUUAUUCAAAGGGAAGGUGAGGGAUGAGAAGGGAGAAUGAUGCUUGCAAUAAGCUGAAUCUGAAUCGGAUGAGUUAAAGCUCUGACUACGAGGGAAGCUGCACGUACAGAGGUCCUAACCAGAAAGGGUGGAGCUAAUGCACAUGGCCUAAAGCUGCUGGGAAUAACUGUACAGCAAAAAGGGGAAAAGGUUUUACUCUUUGAGAGUAAUUAGUAUAAAUCAGAAGUGCUUGCAUUGUAGCUUGUUGAGCACAAUAUUGAGAACACAUUGCUAGUGACAACCAUUUGUUCCAGGGAUAGCAUGUGAAGCCAACAUCUUGUAGAGUCAGAACACAUUGAGUUCAGUGGUAGGUCUUUUUUCCUGGAUGCCUGUCUUAUUUUUUUUUAGCUAGCUAGCUAUACACAGAAGUUAAAUGUGUGUAAGUUGCAAGUUACUUAUAUAGGCUGGCUGCCAAAGUGCAGUAUUAAGUGUAAGACUAUUUAGUUCAGGUUUACUGGGUUAGUUUUAAACUUCUAUUUAGAUUAAUCCAUUAUAUGUUUGGCAGUUCCUAAACAUUAGUUAAAUAAGUGUAUGCAAUAUUGUGGCUCUUUUAUGAUAAUACGGAGCAGCAAACACUCAGGUUGCUCCCUCCUUGGUUGAGCACGCAUUAAUGCAAUGCUGUGCAUAUGUGCGGUUUAUAUACACUCAAAACGGCAUAGAAGUAAGUUGAUUUGCUGGCUGCAACAGACCUCAGCCUGUUCAGUCUGUCUCUUUGCCAGUCUGAGCAUGGGCUGAAAUCUUUCCCUUGGAGUUAAUCAAUUUGCAAUGAAGGGCUUCAACCUAUCAUGUAGGAAUCUCUUCUGCAUGGCUACAUCCCAGGAAUGUAUUAAAUGGGAAACAUGUUCAGUUGAUUGCUGCAAGGUCAGGCAGAUGUAUUUCCUUUAUUUCUUCUUUUAGAUACCAAAUCUCAGCAGCCAUGUCGAAACAACACGAUGCUUUCAUCCAGACCCAGCAGUUGCAUGCUGCCAUGGCCGACACAUUCCUGGAACACUUGUGCCGUCUGGACAUUGACUCUCCCCCAAUCACUGCAAGAAACACUGGCAUUAUCUGCACAAUUGGUAAGUGGAGUUCAAUCACAAAUUUAACAUAAAAUUUGAACACUAUUUGCUCUGCCAUCUUACGGUUUUUACUAGCCUACUCUACACAUCGGCUAAGUCAAUUGCCUACCUGAGUAAAGUUUUGAAAGAAGCUUUCAGAUAAAUAUUGAAAUACAGUGGAACCUCAGGUUGCAAAUGUGAUCCGUGCGGGAAGCACGUUCUCAACCUGCAUCACCAUGUCUACGCACACGCGGGUUGAGAUUUGGCGCUUCUGCGCAUGCGCAAAGCGUGAUUUAGUGUGUCUGUGUGAGCGCCGAAACCCGGAAGUAACCCGUUCUGGUACUUCCGGGUGCAGUGCGCAACCCGAAAUUGCAUAACCUGCAGUGUCUGUAACCCGAGGUACCACUGUACAAAUAGAUCUUCAUAUUAGUUGUUUUUAUUAUAUUUUGUACAUAAUCUCAAGAUAUGUAUGGAAGGCAAGUAACAACAACCACAAUAACUGCUGCUAUAAAAACGAGCAUAUUUUCCGAUAGAUAAUUUAUGUGUAUUUCUUCUAGCAGUAUUAGUGAGAAGUGAAAAAGUAAUGAAUGUAGCUAGCAAACUAGAAGAUGGGAGUUAGUCAGGUACUUGGCUGUGUUUGAACAGCCUCACCUUUGCCCCCUGCACAAGAUUAAGGAAGUAAAACCCUGUAUGCUGUGGACAACUUACUUAUUACAUUUAUAUCCCACUCUUCCUCCCAAAGGAGCCAAGGGGAGCAAAGAACAAAUAAUAAACAUUUUAUGGCUGUUAUGAAUAUUUUAAUAGUUGAGAGGCUUUCUCAGUAAACUUGUUCAUUUUGGCUUAUGUGCCCAUCUUCAUGUUAUACCAGCUAGAAGGCUAAACAUAAGUUUUUUUAAUGUUUUUAAGACUUAAAUGUGCAUUUCUCGCUUAUUAUGUUUAAUAAUAGCUUAAACAGUUAUUUUGCAGACAAGAAGACAAAGGCAUAGAGUAGUAGAAUAGUCGUCUUAAGUAGCUCUGGACAGUUAUCUGGACUUUAAUACUCUGUUAGCAAUGAUUUCAGUGGAUCUGCUCUAAGUAUGACUUAGUUGAAUACCGCCCGUAGACUUGUAACUAUUAACUGGCAUAUGCUAAAGAAACUUCAUUUUCAAAUCUCUAGGCCCGGCUUCUCGGUCAGUGGAAACGCUAAAAGAAAUGAUUAAAUCUGGAAUGAAUGUUGCUCGUCUCAACUUCUCUCAUGGAACCCAUGAGGUAAGAGCAGAUUUGAGGGCAAAUAUUGCACUCACUUGAGAAAGAACUGUUCUCAUUAGAUCAAUCCUAUGUUUUACCUUGGGGCUAAAGACUUGAGGCCUCAUUUAUCCAGUCUGCUGUUAAAAAACACACACACUUUAAACCAAACAUUCCAACAAAUAUGGAUGCUAAGAGGUUUGUAUAUCUAAAAGUGCUACUGAGUCCUUGUUAAAAGGCUGGUAAAAUACAUUUUCUUGUUAGUCUUCCACUUUCAGAUAAAUGUGGUAGUCCAAACCUUAAAUGAACAGUUAAAACUGCAUGUAGCUGGAAAGCAAAAUGAUGAAAUGAGUUAACCAAAUAAUUUCUCCAAGAAGAUCAUGGCCAGCUUGAAUACGGAACUGUGUCCAUGCAGCCACUGUGCAGACUUUGGAGACAGAGCAAAUGUCAGAGGCUGUGGAUCUCAAAAAAAGAUGCCUGUUACAAGUACAGCAUGUCCAUUUCAGUAUUCACUGAAAGUUCACCUGUUAAAGGUCACUCCUCUGUUACCAGAUACUGCUGAUGCAUGCCUGACUUCCAAACAAGAUCUUGAAACAUGUUCACCCUUGUAGCCACAAACAUCUCCUCCUGUUAGGAGUGGUUAAAUGAAACUGCUAUGCUCUGGUUCAUAGGGUCUGCUCAGGUACAGUGUCAUUUGAAGCUGCUGCUCCUUUAUUAAGGUUAUAGCAGUACCUAUAUUAAGAAAAUUUAACCAGCAUUACUUUUUAGUAUAUGUUCUAGUUAUUUCCCUGCAAAAUUAUGAGAUCUGCAGGGAGCCAGUUAGAUAUGACUGAAAUGGAGUUGCCAGUCGGUUAAGAUACAGCACAUCUGCAAGGCUUGCAAAGUAAGAUUGGGAAUAAAAUUAUGUUGAUAGGAUUUUGGCACUUUAAAAGCAGAGUGCUUAAGGUCACUAGACUUGCAAGUAACUUGCAGUAGAAGGCAACCCCCCUUCUAUAAAUAAAACAGCCUUCUCACUAUUGCUACAGGAUGGGAGGCUCUCAGGCUCCCAUUCCCGACUGCAACUUUCCUUAAAGGCCACCUGAAUGCCUUUGGGCUGGCUGCUGUUAACUCUUUGAAAGGUCAAGCUGCAAUCUGGGCAGCAGCUUGCAAAGUUAUGUUAGCUAAGAAAGUGUUUUGGCCUCUUCUAUUGGUCUUCUCUUUAAAAGGCAUCCAUGCUGAAUGUGCAUAAAAUACACCAACACUCCUAGACUGUUUUAUUUUAGAAACUACUGUAUGUGAUGAAUUACAAGUGAUCAUUUUUACGCGUGCACACACUACUGCAGUAUGUGCACAUAAGUCUUAUUGGUGGUGGUAUUAUUAAAUUUCUAUACCAGUCUUCAUUUUAAAAUAAAAUGGGUAUGCUUUUAACAGGCAGUGGAAGCUCACCACAGUAGAUGUGUGCCAUAUCUUAAGUGGGAGAACCAUUUCACAAAGUGGGCCCCUUUGGAGAAGGCUGCCUUGCACCUCAAAAUUCUGCAAGACUGACCCAAUAGGUUCGCUUCUCAAGUUCUUUGGGAAUGAGCAGGUCUAUACAGGAGAAGGUGUUCUUUCAGAUUGCCUGGUCUUAAGUAGUUUAGGGUUUUAUGAAUUAAUGACAAAACCUUAGACUUUUGCUUGCUAGUAGGGUGAUGGUCAGUGCAGUCUCUAGCGCAGGUGUUAUAUUUGCAUGGUAGGAUGCUUCAUUUGGUAAUCUAGCUGCUACAGUUUGUAUCACGCAGCUUCCGUACCAGCCUUGAAGGCAGCCCCACCUUGGAGUGUAUUGCAAUAGUCCAGUCUCCAGGUUAUCAGUGCAUGUGUCCCUGUAACUAGGCUAUCCUGUUCCAGCAACAGUUGUGGUUGCCACAUGACCUAAAGCUGCAAAAAAGUACUGCUAACCACUGAGGCCACUUAGAUCUCCAAUAACAAAAGUGGAGGAAGGAGUUCCCUCAUCUGAGUACCUAUUAACAGAAAUAAGGCUGGCUAUCAUCAGCAUAUUGAUGGUACCAUGCUCCAAAUCCCCUAAUCCUGCUCCCACUUGCUUUAUAUAGAUAUUAAAGAAUGUUGGGGACAAGAUGGUUCACUGUGGCAGCCCACAGGACUACAGUCUGGGAGUCAGAAACAAUCACCAAAUGCUCUCUGACACCAGCCCUUCAGCUAACACAGUGCCUCCCAAGCAAUGGAGACUGUUGUGGAGGAUGCCAUGGUUGAUGGUAUCAAAAGCUGCUGUGAGAAGCAAGCAAGAGUAGCAGAUCUCACUCCCUUUCAUGAAAGGCACCCAUCUGGCAACAGAGUGAGAUUUAGUCCCCAAACCUGAUCUGAACUCAGAGUGUAAUGGGUCUAAAUAAUCAGCAUCCUCCAAGACCAUAUGGAGCUGAACUGCAACUAGUCUCUUGAACUCUUUGCUUCCAAAGAGCUACUCGGCAGUAGUAGCUGAAAACUGGGUUCAGGAGCAAACACACUACUGUCUUCUUACUAAAGUUUCACCUGGGAUCCUAAUGUCCCACUGUUAAUGCAAUUAAAGUACUUAAUUUCUGAACCUGUGUUAAUGCUGAUUAGUUAAACUGCUGUUCUGUAUGGUGAUCAAAUGAGCUAGUUAGCCACUUCUCCUGUUUUUUCCUGCAGAAACUUAAUAUUUGGCAUGGCAUGGUACCUUGCUGCUUUCUUCUUUUAAUAGCUGUAACAGUAAAAGUUUACAUAACCUUGAUUGCAAACUUUGCCUGUCUUCUAUUGCUGUUUGAUCAAGAUAAGCAAACAGUUUUCAUAGGCUAAUCUGUGAAGUGAAACCUAUCUGUUAGUGAGGAUUCAGCUAAUCUGACUUUGACUAGAGGUGAAGGCUCUUUUCAGCAGAGCUCUGUGGAACUGAUAAUUCUGGUGCUAGAUGAAGAUGAGAGCUUGGUUACCACCUAACUUCAAUCAAUCAGUCAGAUCUUAUUACAGUCAUAGACCAGCAUACACCUAACUUCAUUUGCAGCUGGCUGUAUCUGUCUGAUACAUUGCUAUCAUUGAGCAAUGGAUGAAACAGAGUUUGUAAUUCGCAACUUGCAUUUUAACUUGAGUGCAUUCAGCUUUAAGCACUUAGCAACUUAAGGGUAAAAAAUGGAAAGGGGGAGAGACUUUGUCAGUCCCACCUGCCUUUAAAUCCAAUGUGUUUUGACUAUACAGUUUUGGUUUAUGCACUAUCCCUGGAAUGUAACACUUGUAAAAGUUGAGAAUCUCCUAUAUUGUGUUAAGUUUUCAAAAUAAAAUAUGGAAGUCUUAGGCCAUAUUUGUCUGUGCUAUAAACUGUUCUUCAUCAUAUUUGACAAGAUGGCAGUAAAAGUUAUAGGAUGUAUUAAUAAUGAAUAUAUAUAAUUGUCCAGCUUCUAGACAGAGCCCAGGCAAAACAAAUUGUAGUGUCCAUUGCAUCUAGUUAGCCAGACCUAAGGCAGCCAGCUCUGUGUCAAGGUAAGUGAUUAUUUCUGUUCUGUAACCCUUGUAUCGUCUGUAUUAGUACCAUGCAGGAACAAUCAAGAACGUUCGAGAAGCUACUGAGAGCUUUGCUUCUGAUCCUAUUUCGUACAGACCUGUUGCUGUUGCACUGGAUACUAAGGGACCUGAAAUUCGCACUGGACUCAUCAAGGGGGUAAGUGUGUCACACUGUUUUGUUCUUUGUCUUAUUACUCAUUGUAACAGGUAAGAUCACUCCCUUCCAAUAAACAUCAGUAAUAGCCUCCCAGAUGACAAUGCUGCAGUUUCUUAUAGUAUUGUGCAGUCUGCUGCUCCAUGCAAGGAUCUGUAGUCAGGGGUACCAGUCAAACACUGGUAGUCAAAGGAGAAUAGAACAGUUCAUUUCUGACCCAUCUAAAACCAUAACACAACUGUAUUUAGAACACAAAGUUGUUCAUUCUAAUUCAGGACAGGAUGUAGUCUUCCCCACAAAUCCAACAAGAGUCAUAUGCCAGAGGGCAUUCAGUCUACCUAAGUCUUGGUGGAAGAAGGGAAACUUCUUCGUUUUCUGCCCUUUAGCUUCAUGUUUCUGCUUCCAGAUGUACAAUGCCUGGUUUCAGUACUUGUUCUGAGAUUAUCGUUGAAAAUUGAGGGAAUUAUAGGGUUAUCCUAGUAAGUUUAGUCUUUCUGCUGCACUUGUUGCAUUUAGACUGUGGCAGCAGUCAGGAUGGCUUAAUUCUGAGGGAAGGGGAUAUCCUCUGGCAAUGCCAGUAACAGUUAUUUGUCCUUCCAGAGUGGUACAGCAGAAGUGGAGCUCAAAAAAGGUGCAACUUUGAAAAUGACCCUGGACAAUGCCUUUAUGGAGAAAUGUGAUGAGAACACACUUUGGGUGGACUACAAAAAUCUCACCAAAGUUGUUGAUGUUGGCAGCAAGAUCUACGUGGAUGAUGGACUCAUUUCCCUGAAAGUUAAGGAGAAAGGUGUGUUUGGAAGGCAUUCCUGUUAUUGUGGGCAUACCUUAAAUAGGAAUACAUAUUUAUGUGGUGAUGCUACUUGCUAUAACAGUGUAGUAUUUAGAAACUGCAUAAACGUAUUUGCUUUCAGCAUAUUAGAAACUGAUACGAAGAAACCAGGUGUCUGCAUUGUGAGAGAUUAGGAAAGAAAUUGGGGGUAAUUAUUGUGGACACAAGAGGAUAAUUAUUGUGGAAAUGAGCUUAUUUUGAGUUAUAAUGCUGAUUCUUGGAACUCUGUGCAGGUGCUGAUUUUGUCAUCACUGAAGUUGAAAAUGGUGGGCUGCUAGGCAGCAAGAAAGGUGUAAAUCUGCCAGGUGCUGCAGUAGACCUUCCUGCUGUUUCUGAGAAGGACAUCCAGGAUCUAAAAUUUGGUGUGGAGCAGGAUGUAGACAUGGUGUUUGCUUCCUUCAUCCGAAAGGCAGCCGAUGUUCAUGCUGUCAGGAAGGUGCUGGGAGAAAAGGGAAAGAAUAUCAAGAUCAUUAGCAAGAUAGAAAACCAUGAGGGUGUACGUAGGUAAGUUGGUUAUUAAAUUUGUAACAACCCAUUUGACAUGUGACUUUUCUUGGAGCAGAUAUGUUUCUUGAAAAGUGAGCUGCAUGCCCGGUUGCACCUCCUAAAAUGGGUCAGUAGCUCUGUACUUGCUGUUGAGUGUUGACAGUACGCUGUGAAGGAUGCAUAUUGUGAAAUUCAGUGCUUAGAAGGAUCCUCCUUGUGUGCUCAAAUACAAGGUGGCAGAUAAUUCUUCGGAAGUGGGCUUGUCAGUGACUUCUUUCUCUUGAUAUCUGGGACAAUGUGUGGUUUUGGUGUGCUACAGUAUUCUGAAAACUCCAUAUAAGGUAGAUAAGCAAUUUGACUAUGACCCCUUGCACCCGCAUUCAGUAUCACUUUCACAAGAAAUAAUUUUGUCUUUUGUGCAUUUCAGGUUUGAUGAGAUCAUGGAAGCUAGUGAUGGCAUCAUGGUAGCCCGUGGUGAUCUUGGUAUUGAGAUUCCUGCUGAAAAAGUCUUCCUUGCCCAGAAAAUGAUGAUUGGUCGAUGCAACAGGGCUGGCAAGCCAAUCAUCUGUGCUACUCAGGUACUCGAAGAAAAGUUGGCUCUGAAGGCCUGUCCUUCCUACACAUAUGGGCUAUGUGAAACCUGAAUUAUUUUAUGCUAUUAAAUGAUACCUUCUGUCGCAAUCAGUAAACAUGGAAAAUGUUAGUCUAAAAUGCUGAGGUCGAUUCCACAUCUCUGAUUGGAUCCAACACUGUUUGAAGAAAGCUUCUUGAAAAUCUUAAUCAGAAUUCUUACGGGUACUGCAACAGUCUAGUUGUAAAAAUGGUUUAAAAAUGGAGGCUAUAGUAAUUGGAGUAGUUACAAGUACUAAAUAAAUUACAUAGUGCACCAUUGUUUUCCCCUGCUGGUUUUGAACAAGUUGGUUGAAAAAAACUUAAAUGCGUGGUUUAGGAAACAUAACACAUCAUUUUGACAAGUCUUUGAGCAAGCAAAAUCGAGAUUUGAUAGGUUUGCAUUUUUGUUACAGAACAUUCUGUGAUUAAACAUCAUAGAAAUUGUUCUUUUAUAGAGUGUAUAUGAAUACUAUGAAAUAAUGUGAGUUUGGAUACUGAAAUAAUUGCAAGCAAGAAAGCAUGUUUCUAUGGUGCUUUCAUUGGAAGCAAGUCUCAAGGAGUUUGUUCUUCAUUGUGCAAAUAAGAUUGCAGUUACUUUUAGUUUCUUAACAUGUCUUUAACCUGGAUUUUAUAAUGCCGGCAUGGUUACCAAGGAUUCUGCCUUGAUGAACAGUACAGAAACAAAGCAUUUCAGGUUUUAUGUAAAUAAGAUGAUUAUCUUGCAGUGAAACCUAUUAACUUCACCUUGUCUCAUUAGAUGUUGGAGAGCAUGAUUAAGAAACCACGGCCAACACGUGCAGAAGGGAGUGAUGUAGCCAACGCUGUCCUGGAUGGAGCUGACUGUAUCAUGCUUUCUGGAGAGACUGCCAAAGGAGACUACCCUCUGGAGGCUGUCCGCAUGCAGCAUCUUGUAAGUGAUAACCAUUCAAUGUUAAAAGACAGUACCUGUAUACCUAGAAAUAUUAGCACAGCUUAUGCCCUGUUACCCAAUUUCCCAUCUGCUCAAAUACCAUCCAGGUCUGGUGGCUAGCUUAAUGUGUUAUAUAUGACGUGGCUGUUUUCUCACUAUAGCUUGCUAUAUGCCAUAGGUCCCUCAGGCUGCCAUAGACUUCUUUAAUGGCAGUGAAACACAAAGUGCUUUCUUGCACUGGCUGCAAGUAUAAAACUUUUUAUGCAAAGGCAAGUGGAACAAAUUCUGAACUGUAGUGAUUAGUUUUGACAGCCUUAAGUGUCUGAAAUUGUCCAACUUAGUGUAUAUUAUAUUUUGAGACAACUUCAGAUACUGUAUCUGGGAUUCCAAUUAUUGAAUUGUAUUGUUUUGAUGAAUUUGUUGUUUGAUUUAUUUAUAUGCUGCUGUUAGAUAUUAUAGUGAUUGCAAUGCUUGUUUUUUUAAUGCUACUGUGAUUGUUGUGAGCUGCUUUGAGUUCAACAUUUGUUGUUGGAAAAGCAGAAUACAAAUAUUAAAUCAAAGCCGAGACAAAUCAGGAGUGGGCCUGGAGUAUGUUCUCCAUUUCACUCCUCAUAGGUAAGAGAACUUGUGAAUUGGGGACCAGUCUAUAUUUUAAGUUCUGUAAGUGGCAUGGGGGAAAGAGUGUGAGCCCAAGGCCCACUCCCAAUCUCAUCCUGGAGGGAAAAGAACAUCUGAUUCACACUCUGUAAUUCACCUUUGGGGUUGGCACAAUUGUUUUAUGCACAACGGUUGUGCCCUUGGAACAGCGUUUAUUUUUUUCUAAGUGCAUGACUGACACUUUUUACAUGUUUAAACUGCCAGAAAACUCUCUGCUCUGCUUUUGGAAUUCUCCAGUUUCUCAUUGACAACAUGGCACUUCGUGCCAGAAUUAAAGUACUGAUUGUGUUGACGGUCUGCUGUGAAUUACAGCCUUGAUAACCUACUAGUUUGAGAGCUGCAGGUCAGGUUAGCUAGCUUACUCCGAACAACUCUCACAUAAUAGUAUGCUAACUACCUCUUUGCUUGGACUCAUCCUUAUGUAACCUGGUCCAUACUGUCAAGCAGUUGAGGGAACCAGUUCCUGUGAGCUGGUGGCAGAUAAGCAUGGUUGUGUUGUAAUGCAGCCUGAUUUCUAGCCAUUUUGAACUCCCUUUCAUUGAAAGGGUUGACUUUACUGGCCUUUGGUAUCUUGCCAUUGUACUCAUACCUUGCUAUUUGCUUGAAGCAUGACUGAAAAAAUGGGGUUUCGUCAGUGCUGUUUAACAGCUACAAAAAUUACGUAUUAAAGUGUCUUCAAAAUGCCUAGAUAAACCUUCCUGUGGAGUUCAAAUGUUCUUUAAUUUUCAUAACGGAGCUCACCACCAUAUUAGUGCAUGCAGGAUCCCUGGCUGACUGUAGUUCUUGAUGCAUUCUUCUGAAGUAGCUAAGAAAAAAGCUAAGAAAAACCCUGCAAGUUGAACCUGGAACAUUGAAAAGAUCAGAAGUUAAGUUCAAGACCCUGUUCCUGCUACUUGAAAAACUAAUACAUGCAAUUAAUAGAUGUAAAGAAUGCCUUACUUUUAAGAGCACAUGCAUAUAAUUCUACAACUUAACCCUCUCCCAAUUAUAAGCUAGAUUUUAAACCUCAUUUGAGAAAUGUACAACAAGGUUGUAAGAGUGUUCCAUGCAAGAUUCAGCCAGUACACGCUGAAAUGGAUUUACUAUUGGGUCGUUCUUGGCCUUCUCAAAGCAGUUUUGCCUUUUUAUGUUACCCUAAUGACAUUCUUAAGUAUUCUGGGGGAUUUUAAAUCAAAGUUUAGUGCAAACAAAAUUCUUCCUUGAUUCCCAUUAUGUUAGACAUAUAAAUGUUGACAUAGAUGCCCUUCUGGGGAAAAAAUAAGCAAUACUUUAAAUAGGAAAUAAGAGGAGGGGGAAGAAAGAUCAGUCAGCUUUGUGUUGUGCAAAGCAUCUAACAUAACUUAACUGCUAACCCAGAAUCUUGUUCAAGACAUGUUGCUCCUUGUUUUUAGUGCUUGGUAUGUGUCUGAGAUAUAGUUCUUACAGAUGGGGUUGUAAACCUGUUCCUGGACUGUACCUAGAACAAUUUUCACCAACAUGCCAGUUUUCUACGUGGGAUGAAUUUUGCUUCCGUAUGGAGGAGCAUUCAAUCAUGUGAGCCUCCAUCUGCUGAAGACCUGGGUUUACCAUUUCUUCUAUGAAAACCAGGGCUUACUGUUGUGCCACACUGCAUAAGAUCCUAAGUAACAUGCUGCAGCUAUGCAACACUGAGUAUUCUGUUGAUUCUGGUCAUCUAAAUAAUAAUGGGUUCUCUGGCUUUGUACUUUCUUUCACGUUCACCUACUGCUCUUCUAUAAAAUAUGCCUAAUACUGCCUAAAGGGAGUUGAAUGGGAAUAAACUGCACUUCUUGCACAGGUGGUCCUAGGAAAGUAUCCUUAAUAUGCCAUGCUCUUAACUCCAUCUGAUCUUAUCUAGACUGUCUAGAUGCAAUAAUUCUUGCAUAGACCUGUCUGCAUGCUUUAAAAAUGCUAUGCAAGUCUCUGGCUGGUAAGGACACAUGUAGCACCCUCUAUUGAAAUAUGAUGGCGUAAACCAGUAUAUGGUGGUAGAAAGCACAUUGAAUUCAGUGGUAAUCCUGAGUAAGUGUACAUAAGAUUGUACGCUCAGUUUUCAAUCCCAAGAAGAAAGUUCCAUCUGAACCCACUGUGGAGCAUAUAAGCCAAUAACCUGGACAUAAGCAAUUAUCCUACAUGUUGCCUGCCAGCUAACACUAUUACUCGAUUAUACAUGAGACUUGUAUUGCCAAAUGUGAGAGAUUUUAUUUCUAAUUAAAGGGUAGGGUGGUGCAGUAAAAGAAUGAAGCUGUCUGGAGUCAAACCAUAGAAGUGCCUUAAUAGAGGCAUUAGCUACCAAAAUCUGAGGAUUAUAAACUUUGACCCAGUUAAUUGAUGCAGUGAUUCUGCUUCUAUAAUCUUAACAGUGCUCAGACCUGCAGAAGCAGAACUUUGAAGUCAUGGUCUUAACAGUCGGGGGCUUCUGUCUGCUUUCUCUGCUUGACAGAAUAAAGAAACAUGUUUAAAUUAUGAGGCAGGAUGCUUAAGUGCUUUUUCCUGAUGACCACUAAUCUGUGGUUAUCUUACAUUAGGCCUGUAUCAUGUCCAAAUUAUGGCUCUAGUGAUUAUUUUAACUUUGAAAACCAGGUAGUUGCACCACCCUGCCUUUAAUCUUGCAUGACUGACAAACAAGCAAUUAACUCUCCUUGCAGAUUAACUUUUAUCAUAUCACUCUGGUGAAUUUCUUUCCUUUCUAUGUUGCUCCUCUUUUCUUCCCUCCCUCUUACUCUGGCCUACAGAUUGCUCGCGAGGCUGAGGCUGCAAUCUAUCACCGCCAGCUGUUUGAAGAACUUUUCCGCCUCACUGCUAACAACAGGGACCCUCUUGAUGCCAUGGCUGUAGGCGCUGUGGAGGCCUCUUUUAAGUGCUUAGCUCCAGCUGUGAUAGUUUUGACAGAGUCUGGCAGGUAGGGUUCAGAGUUAGGUACACAUCUAGGAUUUGUAAGGUAACUCAUAAUUCAUUCUACAGUGGCUAGAGGUUUUAAAAGCAAGCAGCUGCUUCAGACCUAUACUUGAUAAAACCUGUUCCUCAUACGGCAUUCUUCCAAAACCAAACCAUCAGUCUGCCUUCAUCUUUCUAUCAAAGCAGGAUUUGAGGUAGGUAGAAGCAGAGCAAGAGUGACUGGCAGUUGCGCAUGGAUGAGUGUAACGAUUUUGGCAGAAUGGAGUGGGGGCGACAUGGCAGAUGUUGUCUUCAGAAGGGAAACGUGUGUGCCCAGUGGGUGCAGUCCAAAUAGCAUGUGCUAAUUUUGCUGUUGUUGAUGGUGCGCAAACAGUAUUCUUGGCUGAAGUUCUCCAUCAAUCGCAUUACUAGAUGCUCAUUUGGGUUUGCUGCUAUAAGCACUCUGCCAAGUCCAGACCCCACCUUCACUCAUGCCGCUAGUGAUGACAGAUGUGAAUGUUGUCUUCCGAACGCGUGUUGCUCUUAUAGAUUGCUCGCGAAGCAGAGGCAGCCAUCUUUCACAGGCAAUUGUUUGAAGAGCUCCGACGGCUGGCCCCGCUGAAUCGGGAUCCCACUGAAGCUGCCGCUGUUGGCGCUGUUGAAGCUUCCUUCAAGUGUUGCAGUGGGGCCAUUAUCGUACUCACCAAGUCUGGAAGGUAGGAGGUGGAAGGUUCUGGCAGAAGUCGCAUGGACUUCACGUGUUUAAGUAACACACAACAUGAACAUCUGUCUCAAUCAAAUACUGUAUUUUUCAUUGUCUGUGUGGAGGAGUGUCUGUUACAUUGCUACUUACUUGGAUUUACCCGGACCUGAGUAGUUAAUUGCACAUUAAACUUUUUUAUAUUGUCUUUCCAAAGGAAGUCUCAAGAUAACUUAAAGCAAUUAAUUUAAAAUAACUUUAAAAGCAACACCCAGAUUCACUCCACUGCGAGAGCAGUUAAUACUAAAACAAGAUUGUAAAAACAAGAACAAAAUCGAAGUGCAAACCUCAAAUUAUAUGUAAAACCAACCAACCUGUAAGUUGUGGGCUUACUGUACUAGAAUUUCUCUGGCACAAAGGAAAAAAGGGUGGGAAAAUAUAUGUAUGCCCCAUUAAUGUGGGGUUGGCACUAAUUCUAUAUUUUUGACACAUCUUGAAUCGGUUGUCUUGUCAACGUGCAGAUCAAAGGCUUUGUGCAAUACUAAGUAGCUUCUGUUUUGCCUUUAAAUACAGUGGUGCCCCGCAAGACGAAUGCCUCGCAAGACGAAAAACUCGCUAGACGAAAGGGUUUUGCGGUUUUCGAGCUGCUUCGCAAGACGAAUUUCCCUAUGGGUUUGCUUCGCAAGACGAAAACGUCUUGCGUUUUUUGCAAGUUUGUUUUUCCUUUUUCUUAACGCCGUUAAUAGAGUUGUGACUUGACUUCGAGGAGCAACUCAUAGAACGCGGUGUGGUAGCCUUUUUUGAGGUUUUUGGUGAUUUUUGAAGGUUUUCCAAAACUUUUCCGACACCGUGCUUCGCAAGAAGAAAAACUCGCUAGACGAAAAAACUCGCGGAACGAAUUAAUUUUGUCUUGCGAGGCACCACUGUAUAAGGUUCCUCAGUGCCUGGCUGCCUGAAUGUUUUGUAACUGAACCAGACAGCAUGAGACUUUCACUUGAGUUCAGUUUUGUUCAUCAACAUACUGGAAUUAUAUUGUAAAUGUACGUGGCCAUUUAUCAGACCAGUAAUAUCUACAUUAAUUGAAGCUAGGAUCAGUGCAGAGUUCUCAUGCCAAAUUAUGUAAGGAGUAACAACUGCACAGAAACACCAGGUUGCUCAAGGAAGACAUUUAGUUCUCGUAAUUAUAGGGUGUGAAAAGGGAAACAAAGUGCACACUGUGAUAGGUCAUUGUAGAUGGUACUGCAGUGAUAUUUCUGCACAGAUUCUCCUUGAAAUUGGGUGGAGGUUUUAAGCUAUGGUGCAGACAUGCUCUGAGCUGUACCCUUAAUAUUAUUACUUGUUUGUAAAGGGCUCUUUCGAGCCUCAUGCCUGACCUUUCUGAAGAAAUCUGAACUUGAAACAAAAUCCAGAGCUAAAUUAGACUUUCCUUCUAACAGUACUGCUUAGGUCUCCUUGAGCAACUUAAAGGUUUCCAAUACUGUAAGUUUGCAUUUGUGAAUAUCAAAUAGUUUGUAAAGCAACAAACUGAAAAAGGUCUAAGACAGUUUUUCUGUUUAGAUUUAUUAGUCAUGGUGCAGCAAUGGGAAUAUGGGGCCUGCUGAAACCAUAAUGUACACAUCUUAAAUCUUGGGAUACAACCUUUUGGUAGCUUUCUAAAGAAAAGUAAAAGCAAUAGUACUUACUCCAUUUCUGAGUAGUGUGGUUUAGUUACAUUUCUUCCCUAUUUCAAGCAUUUACUACAUGGUCCCUGUUAUGUUCAAAAUGAUGAUCCCUUAGCACACUGAGCUCUUAGAAGAACUGAGAAAAUUUACAAAGUAUCUUCACUGCUGCUUUUGUCACUCAGGAGGGAGCAAACAGCACAAUUUUUUUGCUAAAAUGUCUGGAGAAUUGAAUGAGCUUCCUGUUUGCUACUCACUUAACGAGUUUGUUUACUGUGCUGAAAAUGCAAAGGCAUCCUUCCUUUUAUUAUAACGGCAUUUGUCAGGAGGCUACAUUUGUCAGGAGGCUACAGUGCUAGAUUAUACUUGUUAAAUAUUGUCUGGGGGUAUUUCCAUAUAUCCAGAAUUUGAGUAUAAUACCAUAUAAUCUGGAGACUAGUGCGAUGUAGACAUCAAAAGUUAGUAUAUUAAGUCUCUGCUUGGAAGCUGCCUUGACUCCUUUGUACCCUGGAUUCAUUGUACACACUGAAAUAGCAUAUCCCAGUGACCUUGAUGAGAUGACAGUUGAACCUGCCACAUGUUCUCCUUUGUAGAUCUGCUCACCUGGUGUCAAGGUACCGCCCACGUGCUCCCAUCAUUGCUGUGACCCGUAAUGCUCAGGCCGCACGCCAGGCCCAUCUGUACCGUGGUAUUUUCCCCGUGCUGUGCAAAGAGCCAACCCAUGAUGCCUGGGCUGAGGAUGUUGACCUCAGAGUUAAUGUGGGCAUGAAAGUUGGUAAGUUAGUAAAUGUUGGUAUCCUUUGCUCUCUCUGGAAGCUUUAAAAAAUCAUACAGUAAUUUUAUCUGGCAGCUGGAAAUGAGUUUUGAACCAAUAUUUGACAGUUUGGUGUAUUAGAACAAUCUUACAUGAGAUUUUAGGGACGCGGGUGGCACUGUGGGUUAAACCACAGAGCCUAGGACUUGCCGAUCAGAAGGUCGGCGGUUUGAAUCCCCGCGACGGGGGGAGCUCCCGUUGCUCGGUCCCAGCUCCUGCCAACCUAGCAGUUUGAAAGCACAUCAAAGUGCAAGUAGAUAAAUAGGUACCGUUCCGGCGGGAAGCUAAACGGCGUUUCCAUUUGCUGCUCUGGUUCGCCAGAAGCGGCUUAGUCAUGCUGGCCACAUGACCCGGAAGCUGUCUGCAGACAAACGCCGGCUCCCUCGGCCUAUAGAGCGAGAUGAGCGCGCAGCCCCAGUCGUCCACGACUGGACCUAAUGGUCAGGGGUCCCUUUACCUUUACCUUUACAUGAGAUUUUAGGCUAUUAUAACUUUAACUAGUUUCAGAAUAACUUGGUCGUUUUGGGUUGUUAGGUGUUACCAAAACCAUUGCUAUGCAGUUCUAUAAUUUAUAUGUUUUAAGACCCAUUUUCUCACUGCUUUCUUUUUCUUUCCAGGUAAAGCUCGUGGAUUCUUCAAGACUGGUGAUCUAGUCAUAGUACUUACUGGAUGGCGUCCUGGUUCCGGCUAUACCAACACCAUGCGUGUUGUGCCAGUUCCAUAA